CACUCGUCGUCAUCAGUCGGUCUGUCGUGUUUGUUGACGUUCGGCCUGUCCGCCGCCGCCGCCUCCGCCGACAAUAAUAAUAAACAACGUUGUUUUUCGUUUUUCAAUUUGUUUUAUUAUUAUUUUUCCCUUGUCAAACGUAUUGUUUUUGUCGCUCCGCCGCCGCCGCAGGCCCGUGUUUACGCCGACGUCCGUGCCCGUUGGAAGAUACCGGCCGCCAACGAUGUGAACAACGUCCAUGUACCUUAUAUAUUAUCAACACCUAUUAUUAUAGACGUCGCAUAGGGCACGAACGUGAGUAGAAUCUGUUUGGAAAAAUCAUAAUAUUGUGUACCGAUUUCGUUAAACCUCUAAACGUGGUGUAAACGAAAGAGCGUUUUCAGACGCCUGUAUAAUAUAUAAUAUCUAAUGCAGGUACGUUCGACAUUAUCACGGUGCCGUGUAAUCGUAGGGAGUUUGUGUUUUUUGUUUUUUUUUUGCCCAUUACUUCGUCGGCGUUUUCGGUUUCCGUUCGAUUACCGGCCGACCGGACGAAUCCGUCGCCGCGUACACAGUAAUGCAUCUCUCGGUCGGUUGAGUUCACGCCGUAUACCCGCAAUACCUACCCGGAUAGAGGUGCGCGGCAUAAAUCGUUCGUCACACGCCUCUGGUUACACGUUUCGAGGUUCGGGUAUCGGGCCGAGCGACACUGACAGACAGUAAAAUUAGUAACAUCAUUGUUAUUGUUGUUGUGCCUAACCUAACCGACCGCCGUAAUAAUAAUACCCGCGACACCUGUUCACCCGGUAGAUCGAAAACGCGUAAUAAAAAUGCGAGAUCAACCGCCGUGGCGUGCAGAUGUCGUGCGGGGUACGUUUGGAACAAUAAUAAAUACGGAUGUGCCGGACGCCCGUCUGCGGCCGGAUCGUCGCGGGUAAACGUCGUGGGGUAGGCACCUGUAAUAAUAACGCGGAGCGCCCGAGUUUUAUUAUCAUCACGCGAUAAGACGGCGGCUGACACCUGUGGUACUGAGGGCUGUUCGAAUAACCCGGCUUGCAAUACGGUCCGCGGCGAGUACGAGACGCUCCAUGCGAUGAACGGUUCUUUCCGCGAGACCGCGGCGAUCGGCGCAAGUAUUAUUAUGUGACGUAACGGUGUGCCUGUCUAGCGGAAGAGGUUCCGAAAUAGAUUGUUACGAGAAAUUUUUUAACUUUUCCCUCGCGAAAUUCGCAUCUAUUAAAAUCUUUCUCGCGCCGUGCAAAUAAUUCCGUUUAAUUGGGAACAUAACAGUAUUUCUCGCGUUUUCAUUAAACCGUUUACGUUCGACAAACGAAAUCGGUAUUCCGAUUAAACCUAUAGUAUUGUCGAAUCCAAAAAAAAAAAAAAAAAAAUGCAGCACGUCCAACGGAUUCGUUAUCAUUUUUUCCCGGGCUUACGUAUAAUAAUCCCACUGUCUCAUUGUCUAGGAUUAUUUUUUCGUGUGCGAGUAGGUCGAGACGUGCGGUGGUCGCUUUCGGUUGUUGUUUUUCUUUGUUUUUACAAUAAUAAUUUGUUUUCCUCUUUCGGCCGUUCCGAGUGUUCGACCUGUUGGUAUUGGAAUUCAAUACCGUGUUAUAGGCUAGUUUAAAUAUUUUAAAUGGCGUCCACGGUGUGCAAUUAUAUUUAUUAUAUCACGACCGUAUAUUGCUGUAGAGUGUGAGUGUAACGAGAAACGUAUUUGUGUGAAAUUAGUUUUAGAUUCUGAGCGAAGCGGAGAAUGUGUUGGUUUUACUAUGAUGUAUGUAUAUUUUUUCGUGUCUGUGAACAUGUUUUAUGAUAUAUGAUUAUGUACCCACCAACAAAUUCAUUUAUAUAUUCCUCCUCAAGAAAAUCGUGAAAAAUAAAUAGCUCGAAUGUUUUGAAAAUUUUAUCACGUCUAGAACAAACCAAUAUAAGUAUUAUUUCUAAAUUUCAAGUCUACGAAUAUUUUUAACCGAAUUAGAACAAGAAAACACCUAAAAAUUAAAUGGCUAUGAAAAGUUUAAAAAAUAGCUUAAAUGUUUUUGAAAUGAUAUCGUAAGAAACUAGAUCCAAAAUUCAACAAAAAAGAUCUCGCGUUAUUUUUCUGUUAGAGUAAUAUUUUUCGUAGAAAACCUCAUCCAUGUUUAUUUAAAAUAAUGAAAUCGUAAAAUCGUACGUUUUUUUCCCGAUAAUGUGUGUUUUUAUUUCGAAUACUGCGUUGAAAAUCAAAUAAUUACCUCUGACAGUACCAAAUAUGUAAAAUUUACUUUCAGAAAAGGUGCUACUCUAAUAAAUCUGAGCAAGGAGAAUCAAGGAGAAAAGUGGUUUACGGUAUGCAAAAAUUCCAUUGUAAAAAUGGAGAAAACAUGUUUUUAAUAAGCUUUUUGAAAUCAAAUAUUAAACGAAAAUCACAAAAUAAAUUACGGCCAUUCAAUACAUGUGUAACCGAAAUUUUUUCCGAAUCGUUUUUCGUCAGAAAUGUUUUAUCGUUGCUUACAGAUCUAAAUAAAAUAACCUUAUGUACCCUACCUUCCAAACUUCUCACCUACAACAGUGGUUGCACCCGUCCCCAGUAUCAGCUGCUUUUGUGUUGUGAACAACUUUUUUGCCAGAAAUCUCGCUCCAAUCAAAACCUUCACUGGAACUUUCUUGUAGCAUUGUUGAUCUAGUCGGUGCAUUGUGAUGGUAAUUCCUUGAUUUUUCUUAAUAACCGGAGUAAACUGUCGACGUUUUCAGAUUUCUGGGUUUCCUUGACAUCAAGCGAUUCCUCUGCUCAGAAUCGUUUUUCGUUAACAAUGGUUAAUUUUUGCGUACUGUUUAAAUGAUUCCUUAUAUUCUCCCUUCCAACUUCCCUCCUAUAACAGUGGUACGCUCAUACGUGUUAUUAGCCUUUUUUUAAAAAAAAAUAUAUCUCAAUAGGUAGGUACGUAAUACCUAUUAUAAUAUUACCUGUUAUUAUUAUUUCGAGCAGCAGGUGUAUUUGUAUGAUUUUUUUUCUUAGUCUCGUGUAUUCAUCAAUGUAAUAAAUAAAUAAACGGUAGGGUUGUUAAUAUAGCUCCUUGUUUGUAGAAACUGCUCUAUUGUAUAACGUGUUUAACGAGUCCGGUGAUUUAUUCGAAUUGUUGUUGGAGUUUGUCGGCCAUUAGUUUCGGUACAGGUAAAACGGUUUAAUCACGUUCGAUUGAAAUCGAACGACCGCAUACUAAAUAUUAUUAUUGUUCUAUGAUAGUCGAAGAUCGCGUUUAAAUUAUUAAUAUACCUGUCCACGUAUCCUUGUAUAAAAUAUUUCAGCACGAAGUUUCUUUUUAUUAUUUCGUCAAUGAGGACAUGUAUAGGUAAUAUAUUAGUCCAUUGUACCUAACCUAUAUGUUUAAAAACGUCCGGUGAAUUUUUUGAGAAUCUUCAGUGUGAGUGGUUUUUUAACGAUUCGAACCGUCUGGAUGUACAGUCUACGACACAUUUCAGUAAACAUCGACAAAUCGAUGUCAUACUCUAGUAUUAGGAUCUAGAGAAUUCGGUUGUCUUCAAUGUUAUAUAAAACUCUUAAAAUCACCUUAUGUUGGUAAUACUUAGGUACGUUUUCAACGUUUUACGUGAAUCCAAGGGGAGAUGAAACGAGCGAUCGCCUCCCUCCCGUUUAUGGUCCAAUAUACUUUUAGCUCAUCGUAAUUAUAGUUAUUUUCAAAAUCACUCCCCUCCUCGUUAUCCGCUUUUGAUAAGCGACCAAUAUAGGUUUUCGUUUUUUCAAAACUCCAGUUAACAUUUUUCUAAUAUAAACGCAACCCCUUGACUAUAUAGUGUGUGCACUAUUCUCUAUAGAUUGAUAAUUGUUUCCAAUUUUUGUAAAAUUUGAAAAAUUUGAAUAUAAUUUUAAUGGCUACAUUAUUAGUGUUAAGAUUUUUCCACCAAUCUACUGUCUGAUACCUAUUAAAGGAUACGGUGUACGACUCUUUUCAUGGACGAAUAUGAUCUUUUAAACAUAAAAAACCCUCGAAAUAGUCAAACUGUAGGAAAUUGUUUUCCAGUUUGAAAACGAAUUUCAUGAUUAUUUACCUGGAUACGUUGGAAUUAUUUUUUCUAAAUUUCAGUUAUCUUCAUCAUAAGUGAUGAUCAUAAGUUUAUCAUUCAUGCUAAAUACUGUGCAUUUUUAAAAAUUGUUCAAGAACAAUCGAUUUUUGUAUGAUUUCCGGUAAAAGAAUAAUUGCAUUUCUAUUUCCAACAUAUUCCCUAGUUAGGAAACUCAACGAGAACCAUAAUUUGUUUAAUAGCUUUAUUUAUAUAUUUUUUGUUUUGUUCGCUGUAGGCGACUUUUUAUAUUUAAUGGUUACAUCCUUGACGGGUAUGCGUUUAUAGUAUAUAGGUAACCGAGUAUAUUGUGAUAAAAAAAAAUAGAAAAAAAAUAAAAAUCGGUUACAGUUUCGUCAACAACAUGGUCAUUGUGGCAUUGUAUUGCAGUAUUUAGUUGUGCGCCACUAGGUAUAUAUAAUAAUAAAACGCCACAAAAUAAUAUAUAGGCGCGAGGACUACUGGUUGUUCCGAAGAACCGUAUAAAUACUAUUCGGGCCGUCCUUCAUCGGUUACCUGUAUACACGAGUAAUUUUUUUUUUUGCGAUCGAGUGAUUCUCUAUCGACAAAUUUAUCGCAUUGUCUAUCACGAGGAGGCGGUAUCCGGAAUACAUAUCGACAACGACCAGGGUAGGGUUUUAGCGUGUAUACAGGGCAAUUAAUUUAUCGCGAGCCGACAACGGUUGUCGUCUACGGAAAUUUCGAGUAAAUUCUAAUUUGGUGACUACAUUGAUAUUUAAUUGACAUUAUACACUAAGAACCGUUUAAAAUAUUUUGACCUUGUUUACAAAACGGGGCGAAGAUGAUAAUGUCAUCCGUGUAGAACACGCGACGAUCGCGAACCGGUGCGGUUUGAAAGAAAGCGAAAAAAAACAACAAAAUAUGAUGACGUUACACGAUCAAAACCGGGGUCGGCAUUAGCCAUGACCCGUUUUACCCUGUCGGACCGAGAAGUGAGAGAGAGACGCACACGCGCAGCGCAUUUGAAUAAAACGCGCGAGGAUAAAAAUUAGUCCGCGGCGAGAGAGUCGGCGCACGGUAGCGGGCAACGGGCCCGGCCCGGCCGGAUUCCUUGCGAUACGACACGCGUAAUAAAUGGGUAUGCCCGUGUUGUUCACGUAAUUAUACUUACUUUUCCGUACGUACACUUACUACAAAUAUGGUACCGAUAUUUCAAUCUUCGAGCCGAACGACCGUGGAUUCUCCGUCUUUGUCUGACGCGACGCAUAUUGAGGAAUUCGACCCGAUACACCGAUCGCGGUCCGUGUAGCGAAGCGGUGUAAAUUUCGAAAACGGAUUUUCGAACAAUGUCGCCCGUCGAUAGAUACGCCGCAUAGACUUGAUUUCGCUAAAAUUCAGUGAGUGCGAAACUGACGUUCACGUGCCUAAGUAAUAAGGUAACUAAAAAAUCAAAAAAAAAAAAAAUCCAAAAGAAGUGUAUUUAAUAAUAAACAUUAAUAUAUAAGUAAGUUAAACGGCUUACGAAAACUAUAUAAUAUGAUCAUUAGGGAACGGAUUCAUUUGCACUUAAAAUCCAUAAAAAGCGUUUAAAAACGUCAAAAAAGCCUAAAGAAUCGCUUAAAAAUAUUUAAAAGAGCAAUACAGAUAGAUGGGUUUAAAAGUUCCCUAAAGUAGAAAAUAUUAACAGACUGCACACGAAAUAAAAUACUACCCGUCGAGGUUUUGCAUAACAAAUCAGGGAUUAUUUUCGAUUAUGGGUAGUACAAAAUGAUAAUAUUGCACCCCAUACAACUUCAAAGGGGUGCGAGUGCACCCCUUGUACCCCCCGAGAUUAAGCCCGUGAAUAUGCGGGUCAUAUCUCCAUAGAUAAUAAAGAUAUGGAUAUGUUAUCCAUGCCUAUCAGUGUUUCAAGAGGGACCGUUACAGUUACAUAUUACUGCAGUUUCAUAAAGUGAGGCGUUUUAUUUAUACGUAAUAUAGUGAUGAAUGGUAAAUUUCUUCAGUUUACCGCCCCCCCGGGAACAUCUCACUUAAAAUUAUUGUUAUAGGAGUGGCCUAUCCAUUUUUUUAUUACCUAUGCCUAUCUCUACCUUCGGUAACUCCGCAUUUUCGAUUUUCCGAAGUCCAUCGUUUCCUGCGGCUGUGUGAUCGAAAUAACAACUCGAAAACUGGGAAAAAAUUAUCUGUAAAUUCGUGUACGAGCCCUCUCCUUCCAUAAUAGGGACAUUUUAAUUUUAAAAUUCGACUUCCCUUCUGUGUCUCGAAAUGUGUGUAUUAUUUCUACGUUAUGUUCAAAACCGGUGUGUAAUGUAUUGUCUGCGUCAAUUUGAUUUUAAUUUUUUAUGAUUCUUUUCGGCUUGACAUAUUCCGGAACCGAUCGUAAAAGCGGUUGAAAACAGUGGCGAUUAUAAUUUAUCUACGGUGUAGUAGAAGGGGAGGGCUGAAUGAAAUUAGUGAAAUUUAAUUAAUUAUCUCGUCUUCCUACUAGAAAAAAAAAAAUAUAUUAUCAUUAUGAUUACAUUGUUUCGUGUUUGUUAUGACGGGAUGUUGUUAAACGUACCUAGCAUUCAUUACCUAACCGUUCAUGCCGAUUGCGACGGUGUAAUCCGUCCGACCGCGAAAUAAAGUUAAAAACAUUAUUUGUUUCUCGCCGUCCGUACGUUCGUCGGUGCCAUUACAAACCUCAAACAAAAAUAUAUGCACGUUUCAAUCAACGCGUUUACUUUCCCCUUAUUUCGCUUGGGUAGAACGUAGAACUGUAAAAAGCCACGGCCCGAGAAGAGGGGGUAGGUGUGCGAUGAGUGACAUAAUCACGAGGGAAGGGAUCAGAGCGCAUGAUCUCCGAACAAAUUUGAAUUCAAUGUUCACUGUUGUCGCAAUUUUUAUUUUCGAUUUGCCUAAAUCAUUAUCAUUAUUGUAGAGUCGCACUGCAGACAGACCGCAGACGACAAUAUUGUUUUAUCGAGCACCGAGACGGACUCGUCGUUCGCCUGAAUGCGUUUUACGAGUGUAUAAUAUGACGUGUGUACGAUAUGAUAUUAUUAUAAUCGUAAAAUAUUACCGUCACGUCGUCGUCGUUGUCGGGACGAAAGUGUAUAUUAUAGAGGUGGACGCGACCGGAAUUGACGACAAGAUCCUCUUGACGGAGGUCGUGGCGUCGAGUUUUCUUAUGAGUUAUAAUACACACACACACACACACACGCGCGCGCGAACCUGUUUCCACGUGCCCGGGUUAGGUUAUAAUAUUACGCAGAAGGUACCUAACCUAUAGGUACGGUCGGUCGGUGACUAGAAGCAGCGGCUAUAUACGUAUUAUAGAAGCCAUUGUAAAUCCCGUGUGUGUGUGUGUGUGUGUUUGUGCGUGUGUAUGUUGUCCCUCGCCCUCCCCCUCCCGGACGAGCACGACUUACGACGACGACGACGAACUCGCCGGCCGGCCGCUGCGGGCCGGCACAGGUCAUACCUGUACUAUUUUUUAAUUUUUUUUUUUUUCCAUUAUAUUUGUUAGGUUAUUAUUUAGUAUUAUUAUUAUUAUUGUGAGCUAUAGCCGGAGAAUACGGGAAUUUAUGCCGCCCGCCACCGUCGACACACCUAUGUGAUACCGCCGUGCGUAUAAUGAAUGUACCGCCGCCGGUCGUGUUCAUUAACCUAACCCGCUGUAUACGUGUGUAUAAACAAUAGUAAUACCGGACCGCCAUUGUUUUUUUAAACUUUUUUUUUUUUGUUCGUUUUCGCACGUUUAUAACUUUAACAGUGCCGACGACGACCACGGUGGUCGGACGCGGAAGAACGGAACUGUGCUGACGUCCGGGGCGGCGUUGACGACGGAGAGAGUAAAAAAAAAAAAAAACAAUUAACGCGUAUUAUUAAACGGUUGAAAAAGCGAAACAUUCGGCAGCCGCGUGUACCAAAAUAAUGCGCUGCCGCUGAGAAUAUAAUAACAAUAAUAAUAAUAAUAAUAAUGAUAACGGGUAAUACGCGCACGAGAUACCCUCGGCACUGCGACGGACGUACACCGCGUAUUGUAUUGUGUUACAUAGGUGGCGAUACGCGAGCGCGCGCGUGUAAUAAAAAGAAGGGGGAAAAAAACAACAGUUUUUUUUUCUUUUAAUGAAAAGCGAAAUCGUUUUAUUAAUAAAAAAAAAAAAAAUUGCACGCCGAACGAUUAAAACGCGCAUUAUGUUAUGUACGAUUACACCGUCGCCGCGCCGGUGCUCAUCGCCGCCUAUUACGGAUAAUAACGACGCGCGCGAACGUCGUAGAUAUCAAAUGCUGCCCGGAUACAGAUAUUAUUAGGUUUGUUCCGACGCGCGUUCAAACUAUCACAGAACUGGUGGUCGCACGCAGUAGUGGAUUUUCAACAUUUUUCUGGUAGGGGUCCUGAAGAAUCAUACGUAUUUAAAUUAUCUAUUAAUAGAUGGCUCUCUUUUGGACGACAUUUAUUGUGAUUAUAUCAGUGUCUGGGGUGGGUUCAGACCCCCUGGACUCCCCCCGAAAAAUCCGCCACUGGCCGCAUGCGCAAUAAAGUUUUGUCGUUGUAAUACACCAAAAACGCAAACUCAAACUGCCCGAUAGUUUUGGGAUUUGGUUCUGACUGCGGUCAAAACGAUCCGCUGAUUCGAAUGGAGAUUAUAUAGUAUUCAGAGAUCCUGUUAUCAUUUAUUUAUUGUUCUCUGUUUAUGCUAUCAAUUAUUUACGUUCGAAUGUGUAACCGUUUUAUUACAAGACACAUGAUUCAUUCAUAUUAGAUUUUAUAUUUUAUAUUUUACAAUCAUGGACUAAGAAACGUUAUAUUUUGUUAGUUUUUGUCUAACGUAUUUUUUGUACACUUGAUGUUUUGUUUUUCUCUUUGAUAAGUAUAUUAUAGUAUAAUAUAGGCUAUAGUAGUGGUAUUAGACCGGGAUAGGGUCGCAGGAAAAAAAUGAUUAGCUAUGUACGUUUUGUUAUCAUUAGUCAUAUAUUUAAAAAACCAACAGCUCCGAUUUCCGUGUUCCCGAUAAAAAGCAUUGCAGUAACAUCAAAUCGCAUAAUUCGGUACUCGUCGUCAUUGUAACUUAUCGAUCAGGUAAAGCCAUAGAUAAUUAUGGCUAUCCAUCCCUUAUCAGUGUUCCAAAAAAGAACGGCUUCAAUUAUUCCAAGAUUGAUUCAUAAAGUGAAGCGUUUUAUCUAUACGAUGGCGAACGAUAAAUCGCCUCAGUUUUCAGCCCAUCCAGGAACAUCGCCUCACUUGUAAAUGAAUAGGUCAUUUUUCCAUUAAAUGAAAAUUUUCAGGAAACUUAAAAACUGUUUUUAGAGAUCAACAUCGAAGUUAGAUGAAAACUGAAUAAGGGUUGAAUUAUGUAACUCCCUUAUUGUUGCAAUUAUUGUUGUAGGAGUGGCCUUAUAUCCAUUUCUUUAUUAUCUAUGGGUAUAGCCCUGUCCGUUCGUUCAUUAUCCAUGUUAUGUGUAUACACGUGUGCUUGUGCUGUCUUGUAUACGUUUCUGCGCAGUAACGAUGAAAAAUUAAAAAUAUUUGACAUCAGAGGCGUAGCUAGAAAUAUUUUCCUAGGUAGGUCAGAUGAAAUAAUAAUAUAAAUGUUUGAAUGGGAAAGAAUAUUAAUGAAAAUGUUAGAUUUUUAAAACUUUGUUAAUUUCCGGAGAAAAGUGCUACUCGCUUUUCUCGCCCGGGCCUGCCGGCCGCUGUUUUACAUAACUGGUAAUACCGGGGCGUGAUAUGCACGGCGCGGGUAUCGAAAUCGUCAAGGAAAUCGAUAAUGACGACGAGUGUCGUCGUUGUUUGUUCGCGGGUAAAAAAACGCGAUAGAAAAACCGCGUUAAUAAGAUUGCGAAAAAAAAAAACGUGCUCGUCGUUUCAUUGUUCGUCGUCGUCCGGUACCCACCCCUCCCCCCAGGAGGAGAACCAGAAGCACCGGGUAACCGUCGUCGCGGUAGUGGUGGUAGUUUUUGUCGCGAUUGAAUAGACCGACAACGGCGGCGGGCGAAUGAAUGAAAAUGAUGGUCGCAGUCCUAUGCGUAUUUAUUGUUAUUAUUAUUAUUAUUAUUGUCGAACCGGGAGGCCCAUGACCGCAGCUCGAGACAUCCGCAGCCACCGGUCCAUUGUCCGCGAUGUUAUUAUUUUAUUACCGAACGUUCGUUAUUAUAGUUAAUAUUUUUCGCGCGUUUCGAUUAACUGGCAAUUUGCUGUUUAGAAAGAAAAAAAAAAAACACGUGCUGCCGGCUGCCCGCUGAACGAUAUAAUACCUCCCCGUCCACGUGUAUGCGAAAGCGUGUGACGACAAUUUUUUUUUUUUUAUUAUAUUAUUACUAUUAUUUUUUAUCAUUUUCACGCCGGGUGUGCGUCCGUAAUCACAAUAUUUGUUUGAUUUUUAAUUAUCUCGCGUGUUUAUAAUAACGAUUUAACGUGCGCGAGCAGCCGUUUUGAAACCCGACGGACCGAAAUAGCGGCUGCCGACAAUCUCUUUUCUAUUUCUUUUUUCUUACGCCGUGAGAUCGGGAGGCGUCGUGUAUAUACGUUCACAACGGAACGGGUCACGAAUCUCCGAACGAAGCGAAUUUCGUCAUCGUCGUCGUCGUCGUACCGGUCCACCUCUACAUUACUACGCAGACUGUGUUAUUAUUGUAACGAUAAUCGAUUUGUACGAUAUAUUUUUGUUUUAUUUUUUUUCUUAAACAAAAAAAAACAUUGUCUUAUUUUAAUGCAGGUACCCGCCAUAGAUUUACAGCGGUUCUCAACCGGGCGACAACAAAGUUUCUUUUUAAUUAUGUAACUGCCGACGAGUGUGCCACUGUUUUAGGAGGCAGUUGGAAGGGAUCAUAUGUUAUAUAGAGUGAUUUAAUUUAUAUCUCUGCUCGACUAUUUCUAGCGAAAAACGAUUCUGAGCAGAGUAUUGUUAGACGUGGUUUGUUCCCUGUGACCAAGGUAACCCGUAAAUCAAGAAAAAUUCUACAACAUAUUGCCAGAUUUUCCCCUUUAUUAGGAAUAAUCAAGAAAUUAUGUUUCCGCAAUGCACCAAUUUGAUCAAAUAUGCUGCAAGAAAGUGACAAUAUGGUUUUUGAUUGGAACUAGAUUUCUGAGAAAAAGACAUCAUAGUAAAACCAAUAUCGUGUUUCGCUCAGAUUAUAAAUGGGCCCGUGUCGACUUUAUGUAAUACUUUUCUGUUAUACAAGGUUUUUAUAGUUGACAGUAGUGCGGUUUAAUAAAGGUCAUCGGAAAAUUUAUGGGUGGUCAGUAUAAUAGCAGUAGUAGUAUAAAAAGGUCGGAAAAUCUGCUAUUUACUUAUAUUAUACUCGUAUAUAGAGGUACGAAAUUACUCCAAAUAUAGAAACGUAAAAAUAUAUUGUGUCAUGGAGAAUAUAUGCAUACUUAUCCUUGAACUUAAUAUAAAUGUCAAACAUUAAUAAUAUUUAGUGGAAUUGAAACGUUUAUUUAUUUAUUUUUUCGUUUUUGUCACAAGGCCUAAAAUACGGUAACAAUAUUACCCGAGCGUACUAUAUAUAUUUUAUUAUUACACGUCCGUUUACUGCGACUUACAUGGAAAUUAGAAUGCUUUUUUCACCUUGAAUGUUUUCAGCUUAAAUAAGGUCUUAAAAGUGUCUCCCGGGGACUACUUUAACUUUUAUGGUUCGCCAAUGCAGUAGAUAAAUAGCAUGGGAUAUUAGGUCGCUAUAGGUAUAUAGGAAAACAUUAUUGAAUAUAAAACGUGUGACGGUCACGUGACGUUACUUAAGCCGUAGUCGCACGAUAAUAGCGAAACAUAACUGUAGCUGUCGCGAGAGUAAUAUCGCAUUAAUUUACGUUAGCCAUUAUUCGACAACAAAGGUUUAAUAAUAAAACGAUUUGGCACUUAAUUUCCGUUAUCGUGAUAGUGAAAAAUAUGAACGAUGUUGUCCUCCCCAUGAUCGUAAUUUAUUGUAGUGAUAGUUGAUUUUUAUUUUAUUUCAUUGAUAAUAAACGUCCUGUAUACGUGAGUUCAAUGAAGUAAAUACAAAAUAAUACUCGUCAACUAAAAUUAUUAUACAAUUACGGUAGAAUGUGAUAGUAACUAUCGCAGUAGUGUUCUAGUGUGAUAGUAACUAACUAUUGUUUACACGGUGACAGUAUAACACAACUAUUACGUUUAACUAUUAUUAUUGUGUGACACUGGCUUUAAACAUUGAUAUUAUUUAUGGGAUUUUAUGUACUACACGAGAUUGCGUUCGGUACACGUGCUCGAAACACUUUUAAGUACACAUUAUAAAAUGAUGCUCAUUUUUUAAAUAUAAUAAAAUGUACAGCCUCGUUGAUCACGUUUUUCACGUUACAAUAAAAUUGUCUAUGGUUCAAAUAAUUCUGUGUAAAAACUUUUCAACAUUAUAGUAGGACACUGUAGCUGUUGUUGAAAGUUGAAGAAAGAUGUUUUACACGAAGAAUGAAUUUUGUGAUUUGUUUGUAUUUUUAUUUAUACUAAAAAUUAUGACUUUAUUUUAUACGCAAAAAAAGGUGAUACUAUUGAUGGUUGUGACACUGGUUUAGGAAGGAAAUCGAAAGAUAUGAUAUAUGGAGUGUAAUUUAAUGUAUAUCUGUACACAAUCAAUAAAUUAUUGCUAACGAAAAGCGAUUCUGAGCAGAGUACCUAUUAUUAUCUUUCGUACUGUCAAGUCGGGAAAUCACUAAAUAACUUCGCCAAAAAAUGGCUGUAAAGUUUUUGAUUGGAACAAGAUUUCUGGUAAAGAGUUGUUUACAGGCACAACAAAUAAAUAAACACAUCGUAGUCCGGUUUGAUUGUUUUUUUUUUUUAGAUUAUUGGCGUAAGAAUACGCCAAGAUUUUAAAAUUAAAAAAAAAAAAAAACAAAACACUACCUAUAUACGCGUUACCUCGUAAUAUUUGUAUAGAUUUCGCGAGCCCGGUGUUUUCAUAUAGAACAAGUAUUCUAAUCUCGGUGUUACAUAACGAAGAAAUAUAGUUCGAUAUAGUAAUAAUAGCGUGCGUUAUGAAUUGUAAAUAUGCGUAAUAAUGGUGAAAUUAAUCCUGCUGCAUAGCGUCGGUAAUAUUUGCGUUUAUUAUACUGUAAAUCGUUUAUACGAUCGAAAUAAUAAUAAUAAUUUUAUUACGUACUUGAGAGGAACCGAAUUCACUGUUUCUACGUGCCUCUCUGAAUACUCCGCCCGCGCGAAACACUUGUUUUUGUUAAUACACGGUUUCUGUAAUAUAUUACUAUUAUUAUUAUUUUUUUUUUUUAUUGAAAAAUAAAUAUAAUACGCCGGAUAUAAUCGAACGUAUUGUCUGAAACAAAUUUAUAAUCUCGCGUUAUCUGUGUGUGUAAUUUAUAUGAUAUUGAGUUAACGAUAUAGAUAUAUUUUACAUUAUUACUAUACGUACAUGUCGGAAAUGUGUUUUGGUAGUACAUUUUGUUUGUAAUAACUGUCGUCAAAACGGGCUACGAGAGUUUUCGACCGUUUCGUUAAUACUGCCGUUAUUAAUUAUACUAAUGUUUUGAUCGUCAUAUUAUUUUUGUUUUGAUAAUUUUUUAUCUCUGGUUGUAUAGGGAUUGCGGAAGUUUAUUAAUGGAAAUGUGUUAUCGGUCGAAUGUACGAGUAUCGUAUUAUUAUGAUCGAUUGAUGACGUGUUUUAAGCGAGCGAGGAAUUCCCCUGCGCAAUUCGAUUUGAUUGAUUUCUCGAAACACAUUUUUUAUACGUAUUUUAACUAGAACAGUGGGGUAAAAAACAGUAGUAAAAAAGUGAAUAUUGCAUAAUAUAUAUAUAUAUAUAUAUAUAUAUGAUAAUAUAACUCGCAACUAACUGCAGCAAGCGGGAUGUAAACUUUUUGAAUUUAUUAUAGCCGUGUGAAUAAAGAUGCGACGGUCGAGGUGCUACCUAUCCAUUAUAGAAUUAUUGCGGUUCUCACAGUAUAACACACCGGCACUUGUACACCUACCUAAUUACGCGUCUUUCGAGCACACUCGACGGAAAACAAAUCAGUGCACGUUAACUGCGCAAUCUCUUUAAAAAACAAAAAAAAAAAAAACGAUUGUUUGUCGCGAAUAUUUCUGAUAUUCUUAUAUUUGUACAGAUACGUAUCUAUAUUUCGUUUUGUUUUGUUUAGUUUUUUUUUUUUUUUUUUUAUAAAAAUUAUACGACAGAAUCGAGAACUAGCGGUUAUAGCGCAGAAUUAUGCGCACGUACGUGUGCGUUCGGCGACACGGGUACCUAUUGUAAUGUUUAUAUAUUUGAUAUGGAUCUCGCGCGCGGAGUGUUUUUAAUGCCGGUAUACGAUCUAGGUCACAUAUAUUAUACCGCGAGUUCAACUUAUUAAAGUGCAUUGUGCACAUAUAGGCAAUACGGCUUUAUAUUGUUUUAUACGCGGGCCGUGACAUUUUGUUUAAACCCGCGAACGGCUUAGGUUCUAGUCGAAUUUCGAAGUUUUGAGUUUGAUAGGUUUUUUUUUUUUCAAUCAUUUUGAAAACCUUCGGCGUCAUCGACUAAAUUUCCUAUCGUUCAACGUUAAUUUCGACCGAUUCUAUCGCGAUAGAUAUUUGUCAACAGUUCUUCUGUGUUGUUUUUAUUCGCCUUGAUUGAAUUACUCAUAUCAUAUAUUUUGAUAACAUAGGACAAAAAUGUCGUUGUGACCUGCAGAUCAGGUCCAUUAUCUAACGUGAUUCGAAUAUUCUGCAACCUUCUAGAACUUCUGUUCUUGCAUUUAGUUGAAUGUUUAUACUAGGUAUAUGGUUAUGCAAAUCGUAUAAUUUUUUAUUAUUUUUUUUAAAUAUGAGUUGUAUUGCUGUGUAUAUAUUGUUGUUGGGGUCACAGGUUGGUACCCAUUUGACCGUGAAAUCCGUUUUGGUUAAAAAUGCAACCAUAUAUCUUGCUGGUGUGUAUUAUAAUAAUGACGCCUUCUGCGAACCGGUAUGAAAACCAUCUCUCGGCCCACUUUCCAAACGACGGAUAUCCGUUCAUUAUAACAUCAUAUACCUACUCUAUACACUCAAAUAUUCGCACAAAAGACAUGCUGAUGGUAAUCGCCGGAUCGUUUUACUCUGGCUGGUCCGUCUGCCGUAUGAUCCACCGCGGUGUUGGUAGGUAAUAAUACAAUACGUAACCCGACCUCAAAUACAAAAAAAAAUUCCGUACGUUCACCGUAUGUGUUAUGUAUAACUUUUGAAGAUUAAGUCAUGCGCAAACGCGCGUAUCCGCAUCUGUCUAGCGAUAGUGAUGUUGGUGUGUUUUGUCGUCGGAGUUGACUGCUGCUGGUGCUGCUGCAAGACCGCAAACGCGGUGUGCUUAUAUAUUUUAUAUUCAACAAGGAAACCAACAAAUCCGUAUAUACAGUCAGUGUAUAAAACGACUAAAACGUAUUUGUAACUUUAGUGAUUUUUUAGUUUUUUCCGGUUGUAGUCUAUUCAGGUAUUCGUCCACGAUGCAAUUAAGGAGUAUUUUCAUGUUAAACUGAGAGACAAGCACACACCUAUAUUUUCGUGUUUGAUCACCAUAUUCAUGUUUAUUGAUGAGCGAUGCUUUUGUAUUAUAGAUAUUAUAAUUAUAAUAUAUGCAUACAAUGUAGUCUAACUAAUAUUUCUGUAACGAUACGUAACGUAAUCUUCUGGAUAUUGUGUUUACAGCUAUCGUUUUAUUUGGUUACUGUCGAUGUAUUUGUUAUUCACAAAUUAUUUUAUCUGUACUACAAAGUAAUAUCGUGUGGGUUUAUAGACAAUUUUUAUCGCUUAAAUCUAUUACUCUUAAUAGUAAAACAUUUCGUUUGAAUAAAAAGCAGUUUGACAUCGAACAGCUAUAAAAAAAUAGGUUAUCUUAUUAUAUACUUCACAUUUUUCAAAAAAUGUUUUCACGAGUUAUUAUUUUGUAAUUGAAUAGAAUUUUAUACUUGUACAAAAUUAUAGUAUCUAAUGGAUCUUUAUGUAAUUUAGAUGUCACGUGUCACGUCGUCACCGUGUCUUUCUUUCUAACGACAUUGAAAUCCACACGGUUACGGAGUUUCUGCUGUGAAUCGCACGCAUUCUAGUAUAACAUUAUUAUCGUCUCUUUCAGUACAGUGGUUUUCCUAUCUCGUUUUAAAUAACAUAAAAACAAAAGGUUAAGUUGCGUCAAAAAAUUAUUAUAGGUAAUAAUUUGUUCAGAUGGCGCGUUCCCGAAGUUUAUUAAGACGGCCGCUUUUGUGGCUCGAAGAAUUUUUGACAAUUUAUAAUAUAUCUAUAAAGACCUAUCGUUCAUCAUACACCACAUACAUAAUUAAACAUCUUUAGACAAUGUUAAAAUGUUUCAAUAAAUUUGCGUUUAAAAACUACAGCACAUUCGUAUCAUUAAGUAUUUUUUAAUUUAAGAUUCUGAGUGGUUUUUCUUUUAUAAACGAUUUACUUUUCUGACUGAAAUCUUGCUCCGGUCAUCAAAUGUAUAGAGUCUUUUUUUAAAAAGCGAAUUUCGUCUUAAAUGUACUGAAGAGGUUAGUUUGAUUUUCCUUGAAGUUUUUUUACUAAUUGUGAGAAGUGGGGAAAUUGUUGUUGAUUUUUGGGUCACCUUGGCAACAACAGAAUACUCAACUUCGUUUUUUCGUAGAGUAACAAUAUAAUAUAAUAGCCUAUAUAUUCUCCUACCCUUUUUAUAGCCCGCCUACAGCAGUGGACAGCAAUUUUUUUUGGUAUCAAUGUUUUAUUACAUAUUUUAAUACGUUUAUAAGAAAUAAUAAAAAAUCGAAAGUGAAGUAUUUUAGUAUUAUUCAAAUGUUUACACGUGUUGUAUUUAUAAUUUUUUUUUAUUUGUAGAGUAUAGUAUUAGAUAUGUAUUAAGAUAAUAUGUUACCAUUAUGAGUAAUGACGCGUUCGUGUAUGUGCAAUAUUAUGCACUUGUACGGUAUGGAAUACUAUUUUUAUAUAUCGGUUUCAGUAAUCGACAUAAAUACAUACUAUAAUCUGUAUAGACAGUAAUCUAUCAUCGUAUUGUUUUUUUUUUUUUUAUGUAUUUUAUUAUACCCUAUGAAUAAUUCAAUGCAUUUUUUUUGCAUAAGACGCAGGGCAAUAUAACACCGUCUCAUUUGCAAUUUGUUUUAUUACUUCAGAAUUUUUAAUAUUAUCGUUAUAAUAAUAUAUUCUUACGCAUAAUAUUAUUAUUAUCGUAAAGAAUUUCGUAUUUUUUUAUUUUUUGCAUUUCGUUUUUUAUAAUUUUUUUUUAUGUUUUUUUUUCUUGCCAAGCUUCACCAGGCAUGAAAUCGCCUUUCGUUAUUUUCGACAUACAUUUUCUAUACGGCGAAUACGUUGCGUAAAUCAUUAUUUUAUUGAUAUUAAAAAAAAAAAAAAACCAACACAAUGCCGCGGUGUUUAUAAUUAUUAUUAUUAUUGAAAUAUUAUCCGUGUUUUUUGCCGAUGUAAUAAGUCGCCGUAUUUAUAAUUAAUAAUCUCUCGAUAUAGUACCUAUCACGCGUACAAUGUACAAUCAGUUGGUUUAUCUAUAUCAAUUACGUUAGUCUCGAGAUUUUCAAUGAAAACCGUAUUUUACAACCCGUGCGCGUUGGUUUUGUUUUUUUAUUCAUUUUUCCAUUUCAUCGCAUCAAUAACCUAACUAUUUUUUUUUUUUUUUUAUAUAUAUCUAUAGUUAUAGGUAUCUUUACAUAACAUAACCGAAUAUAUUGUAAUAAUAAUAUAAUAUGACGAUUAUCUCUCUAUAUAAUAAUAUUUACCUAUGCAGGUACAUUCGAAGACGCAUGAAUAUAAUAAUAUAACAUAGGUAGGUAUUGUAUAGUAUUAUAGUAGGUACCUGUACCUAAAAUGACACCGGAUUUGUGCGUGCGCGUAUAGUGAAAGUACAAAAAUGUGCAUUUAUAUACACAGUGUUAUUCAUUUUUAUUAUUAUUUGUUCGCGCAAAACCGCACCGGUUCGUGUUUAUUUAGCUUUUGUUUUUUCUUCUUUUCUUUCAAUCGCCUCUCGCCGAUAAUGCUGCGCGAUGUAUUCUAUUAGGUAUUAUUAUUAUGAUAUUAUAUAUCGACAAGUUCAACGUAACUCAACAGUACUCUCGUAUGCUAUCCUUUUCCGUGACUUUCGAAUACUAGAAAACAAAACAAAAACUACGGCACACUGCGUAUUAUUGUAGGUACGGUUCAACUAUAUAACGAAUAAAAUAACAUGCAGAUAUUAUAUGUAUAAAAGAACGACGCUUGGAAUCAAUAGAAAAACACGGACGCAUGCAGACAAAUAAUUGGACGCCUAUGACCACAAGUGACAAACGUUUAAAGAAGGGCGAAUAUUUUCGAAGGCGCAAUUUUGUCUAGAUUAUUGAAACAAUCGGCGGACACCUACGAAUUUAUUCCCAAUUACCGAAUUGGUUCCCGGGUAGUCCAUAAGUAUUAGAGGGCUCCUCAGUUUUGUUGGUAAAAAUACAAUUUCGUAUUUUUCUGUCUCGCACCUUCAAUAGCGGUUAAUGUACAAAAUAAUGUUGAUAUUAUGUACAAAUUUAGGUGUCGAAAUAGUAUAAUCAAUUUGUAUAGGUCCAUUUUGGCGCGCGAUAAUUUUGGCCGAUUGUACUGUACUAACAAUUUGUAGGUACUUGCGAUGUAAGUCAACAAUUUAAAUAUUUUAUUUACUAACUGAUUUUAGGGGGGCGGGGUAAAAAAAAAAGGAUACCGUAAUAGGCCAUAUAGGUCUAUAGGUAUAUACCUAUACGGGUUAUCGGUUCCCGGAUAGUCUACAGGUACUAUACAAUGAUUGAAUUGGUACCUACGAACUGUCAUUUCAUCAAUAAUAACACAGAAUUACAAUCAACAAUUCCCUUCCCGUUUUCCACAAAGUUGGGACGGUCUAGUAUAUCUGUAAAUAAGGCGGUUUUGAAACCGUUGUAAAAACCUGCAUGGUAGCACGUUAUCAUGGUGCAAACGUGCAUGUUACGUUAUACCGUGGUAUAUUUAAAAUGGAAAGAUAGACGACAAAACUACGUAGGAAUCGGAUUUGACGGAUUUGAAAGGAACGAUCUAAAUUUUCCGGGGAUGAAUUUUAAAUAAAUUAUAAAUAAAUAUAAUGCGGUCAAAUAUACUAUUUUAUGAUCCACUUAGAAUAUUGUUUGAUGGUGCUGUAUGCAAAUCCGUGCGUUUUUUUUUGUCCCGAGAACCUAUACUGAUAGUUUCUACAAAACUAACAUACGAUAUUUUCGGGGGGGGGGGGGGGGAAACUCACGAAACAAAAUUAUAUUUUUUUCUUUAAAUGUAGUAUAUACGAAUGUAAUGGCCCGUGAUGUGUAAACUCUAAUUUCAACACCUGAACGCCACAGUAUAUUUUAAUUUCAAGUUACGUAAUUUCGCCAUGUUGCCCGAUUGUUCGACCGAACCGGUAAAUGUGCGGGUAUGCCGACGAAUUUUCAAGACGGUUAUUAUUAUUUUUUCCAUAAUAAUAUUCAUCAGUAAUUAUUGAAGUAAAAAAAAAAAAAAACAAAAAAAAAAAAAUCUAUAUAAUAAUAGUCACGCGUAUGUUUACACGGAGAAUGUUGUGUUCAAUGUAAAUAUUAUUGUAUAUGUAUUAUACGCACGCCUUUUUUUUUUUACAUGUUACCCGUGCGCGUAACUUUUUUUUUCCGAUAAUGUUAUGUGGGUCGCUUCUCGCGGCGGCGUUCUGAAUAUAAUAUCGAGCCCAUAGGAAUAUCGAUCGGGCAUAAUAUAAGAUACGAAAAUUUCUCUAUUUACUUAUAAUUUAAGUAUGUAUAUAGGUAUAAUGUACUCGCACUUCCGGGUGCGCGGAAAUGCCAUCAUCGCGACGAUCGCACGAUAUUUUGUAGUUCACGAGCGAAACGAAAGAUACGCUUUUUUUUCUCCCCGGAAAUCACUUUUACGUUGAGUUAAACGGCUCUGAUUUUCGUGUCGCGCAUUGCAAUAGAUGCGCGUUUUUCGCACCUCGGUACUUUUAUUUGAAUAGUUUUUCGAAAUUAUCAAUUUCUUUCCGAAAAAUCGUUUUUUAUGUAGAUAUUUGUAUUAAUUUUUUUUUGUUCUAAUUUUCAUGCAGUAACCUAACAGUUGCGGAGUUUACGUCGGGUAGUGUUUUAUUUGACACAUAUAAUAUCGAAAUUACUAACAAUUCGUCCCUUAUAUUAAUGGUCUAAUGGUUUAAUGCUAAAGAGGUGGUUGUUUUGUUAUUGUGUUAACAAAUUUUCUACCAGAAAACUUGUUCCGUAUCGAAAAACGACAAAGAGAUCUUUUUUGUUGCAUUUUGGAUUAAGUUUAGUGUAUUACAGAGGUUUUAUUAUUAUUAUUAUUUUUUUUAUUUUUUUUUUUUUUUGCGAUUCAGUGAAAAAUAAUCGAAGAUACCGAUUUUUUUCGCAUACUUUUAUUAACUCUUAAUAGACGUGGUCUGAUUAUUUAAAAAUAUUUUGGCGGUUUUUUAGUUAUUUGAAUUUUUUGAGGUUUUAUAACACGAUUUUUUAAAUUCAUUUUUAUCAGCGUGUUCAAAUUCAUUUUAAAAUAUUCGCUCAAACCACGAAAAAUUGAAAUUUAUUUCGCAGCCACAUUUGAUAUUCAAUGUUCAAUUUAAAUUUAUUAAAAAAUGUUUUAACCAAACUCUGUUCGAAAUCGUUUUUCGUUUCCAAUGAUUUAUCGUUGGGCACGUUAUAGGUAUAAACUAUAAAUCACUUUAUAUAUCAUACUUUUCCGAUUUUUUAUUAUUAUUAUUUUUUUUUUUGGUUCGUAAACAUAUUUCUGACUACAGCAGCGUUGUCGAUAUUGGUUUUUAUAUUUCCCGGCGUAUAAACGACAGCUAUUAUGGUUUAUAUUUUUAUUCUAUAUUUCGUUUUUUUAAAAUAUAAUCGUUUUUAUCGGAUUUUCAAUAUUUUAUAUAGAUAUCUAGGUAUAUUUAUUAUGUUAUUAUGUCAAAGCCAUAUUCCACGGUCAAAACCGAUGAGACUUUGUAUGUAAUGAUGGCUGUUAUCUGCAGUAAGAUUACCAUGUCGAAAAAGAACCCUGUCCUCGCGUUAUUUUUCGGUCGACAUACUAUUAAUACUCAUGAUUAUUAAUCGGCCUGUUAUUAUUAUAUUAUUUUUUGAUGCCGAGUCGUAGGUACUUAUAUAAUAUUACAUAUUAUAAAAACGAGUGUGUUGUGAAUUUUUUACAAGGAUUGAACCCGAACGAGGUCGUGACGUAUACGAAACAGAAAAACCAAAAGGAAAUCCGCGGUAAACGUACGAUUUUUAGUCUUCUAUAAUUGAAUCGUAUAAAAAUGCGUUUCUUACAUACAAAUGCCAGUGUUUCGGUGGGAGGAGAGGUUUAUAAAAACCUCUUUGUUUUUAAAUAGGUAUAAUUAUUUUUUAAUAUUUCAACGCGUCGUUUUUGCUGUUCGCCUGUUGGCUGGUCUAUUACCGCGUGUAGCUGGGAUUUAAAUUUAUUUCCGGGUGCGUAAAUUUCAACCGUGUAAUAAAUUAUACACGAUACUAUUUAUUCGUAUAGGUAUUUUAUGCAAAUCAGCGUGUAAAAUAGGUAUACUUUAUAGGUAUACCGAGAUUUAAGAAAAGUAUACGAGCCCUCAACGGGGCAGCUUCUAUAGGUUGUAUACGACAAUACAAUAGUAUUAUUUAGUAUUCGUAUACCUUCGUAAUAAUAAUUGUAUGUAAAUGGAGAAAUAGAAAUUUGAAGUGAUUCCAAGCUACCGCAGGUAUAUUAUUUAUAAGAACUAAUUACGGUGUGAUCUGAAAAAAAAAAUAGGAUGUAAAAUGAAGUUAUUUGCUGUAUGUUUAUAAAUUGUACGUAAUGUAUAAUCGUCGCUAAUAACGAUUCUGAGCGAACUUCGAUUAAUUAAGAUUUGACCUUUUAAAAAUAAGUCUACUAAAUUACAGUUAUAAAUGGUUCGAAAAUCGCCAGAAUGUUUUGAGAAUUUCAUUAUGUCUAGACAAGGCUAAUGUAUAUAAGUAUUCGGUGAGAAAUUUCGGUCUUUAAAGUUAUUUUUAACUGAACGACACAAAACAAAUUUAAAAAAAAACCAAAUGGAAAAUAAAAAAACCGUUUUCGCGUAGUUUUUCCCGUUUUUCCGACGCUUUUCCCUCAAUUAUAUUUAGAGAACCACUAGGAAAAUUACAAAUAUGACCUCUCUAAUGUACCGAAUAGACAAAAUUUUCUACCUGAUGCCAACCUUAAGGUUGACUGAAGAAGUAAGAUUUCUAGUAGAAAAGUUGUUAACAGACACAAAAAAAAACCCACUAUAGUAAAACUAAUUGGUAAAUUCCUCUCUUGCUCAGAAUCUAAAAAUAUAACUUUGCUUCGAAUUUAAUAAUAGUUGUGUUAAAUGUAUGUAUAUAAUUUAAAUAUGCCUACAUAAUAUCAACUGCGAUUUUAAUUUUUGUAUUUUUUCAAAAUUAUGUUUUCAGAUUCAUCGAAAUGAAUAAGCACUCGAUUAUAUAAAUAAUCGCGAAAUUUGUAUUUAUUCCGUCGGCCGAAUCAUUAUGCGGAUCAAUGGCGCCGAAUCACUGUCAUCGUCUUCAAAAUCUGAAGCCGGUAAGUGAAUCAGUAUUCGAAUUAUUUUACAAAUUUUUUGUUUUAUUAUUAGAGUUUGUACAGAGGGUCGAACGACAAGUUAACAUUUCUAAACGUCUAGAUGUAAACAAUAAAUGUUUUUUUUUCAAAGAUAACAAUAAUAUAAUAAUAUAUUAAUAUUAUGAAUUACAUAAUUUUCCCUGAAACGAUAAUAUUAUUACUAACUCCUGAAAACAAUUUGGUUCCUCGAAAAUCGCAGUAAAAUAGUAAAAAAAAAAGAAAGAAAUCUAAACAUGUUUGAUACACCGGACGUAAUCGUUAAAUUAAAUUUGGCGCUAUUUUCGGUGGUGGGCAACGGAAGCGAUUUUUUUAUUUUUACCGUUUUACGAUUGAACCACAAAUCUGCAUUGCCGCAUUUAAAUAGAAUUAUAAAAUAGAAAUUCGUAUUUCUCGUUUUUAAUAUUAAAUUUCCAAUCAAUUUUGGUGUUUAUUUAAAAUGAAAAAUGCUAUGGGCAAAAAGUUUUGGGUAGAUUAUUACUCUAAUAAAUUCUGUGACAUUAGAUUAAGUCCAAUGUAUAAGAUAAACUCUAUAAACCGAAAAAUUGUGUAACGAUUGCGUAAUACAAUUAAAACUACAUUGUCAAAAAACUAUAUGAAAACAAAAAUAAAAAAAAUCCAUUAUAAAUAUGAAAAAGUUUCGCUGAAAUUAAUCGUCGUUAGAUCAUUAAACGCUUGUGUAAUAUGAUUUUCAACUGUUUGCAUUUUUUUUUAAACAUAUUAUUUGGGGGGUUGUGGUCACAUUUUUUAAGUAUACAUAAACUAACUUUUGUAUUAACUAAUGGCCAAUACGUAUUAAAUCAGAAAACCUGGAAAAUUAAAAAAAAACUAAUAAUAAUUAAAAAAGCUGAAACUGCUGUGAUGGGUAUGCCACUGUUUUAAGAGGGAAUUUGGGAAGGUAGGAUACAUAAAGUAGUUAUUUAAUUUAUAUCUGUAAGCAACGAUAAACCAUUGUUAACGAAAAACGAUUUGGAGUGAAGUUCGGUUUUACAAAUUUUAAAUUAAAACUUUAAAAGUAGGUACUGCAUUGCACUCAAUUUUUUUUUUCAACUCCUAAGUACAAUUUAUAAUGAACUUCCUGUUAAAUUUUCAAUUAUUUCUGUAUAGUCUAACAAUUUUACCUACAAAGUACCUAUCGAAUACAUAUCUCGAAAAAACUCGCAAAAUUAAAAUUCCUAUGAAUAGUUUAAAAAAAUGGCUAAAAUGUUAUCGAGUAUCGAAAAGGCAAAUAUAAGUUUUCUGUCAAAAUGUCAAAAUUUUAACUGAAUUAUAACAAAAAAAUAAAAUAAAAAAUAAUAAAAGUAUAAUUUUUGUAUAUGAAUUUUCUGUUCGUUCAACGUUUUUUUUCGGUUUUGCUCAAUUAUUAAAAAAAUUAAGUGAAUAAUCAAAAACCGAUUUUCUUACUCACCAAUUAGAUUAAAAACUUCAACAAAAAAAAAGAUUUCUUGUCGUUUUUCUAUUCGAGCAGUAUUGCUGAUAGAAAACAUUGUGGAAAGCAUCAAAUUAUCUUAAUUGAAUUCGGGAAGUUAUUGCAAUUAGUAAAUUUUCGGUGGUCACCCAUCAGAAGUGCAACGUUUAUAAUAUUAUGUAGGGACGUAGAGUGUAUAAUUAAAUUACAAAUGAGUGUAUUUUAUAAGUAAUGAAUCGUGCCGAUGGCCGGUUAUAUACCAUUAAUUUCUCGCUGUAGCGUAAAGGCAAAACAAAAAAAUGCCGCUAUUAAUUUAUUCGAAAAUGAAUAUGUUUUAUUACUUAAUCGAUAUUAAGAAGACGCCCACGCCCGCAUUUUAUUGCUGCAGCAGUCUCAGGCUAACGGGCGACAAAGCAAAAUAAAUUUCGUUACUUAAAAUAUUUAAAGAUAAGAAAUAAUAUUGUUGUAUUCGAGAUCGUCGUCUAUUAUAGUUUUUUUUCUAUUUUAUGAAAUAUAGCCCGACAACAAUAAAUGAAACAACAGUUUAGAUUUUUAACAUAGAUUUUUUUAAAUAUAUAACUAUUUAAAUGUAAUAUAUGGUAAUAUAUGCGCGUAUAACGAAAUGACGUUUAAUCGAAUUUCACAGAUUGAACCUAUCUUCGAUACUUAUAUACUAUACAGAUAAUAUGCCAAGGUUCGGAAUAAUCGUGUACAUAUACGUAUAUGGACAAAAAUGUGUACCUACCUGUAUACUGCAAUUGUCAAAACUGCAAUAUAAAUUAUAAUGUAUCCAUAACCAUUACGAAUGGUAAAUAUGCCUAUUGAGCCAAUGCGAUAUUUUUUUCAACCCAUAGGCCGGUCGAUAACUCUAAUUCUUCUCAAUUUUGACCGAUUGCUCGCCGUUUCUAUUUUAGUUUUUUAACAUUUUUGACUCUAGCAGCAUCAUUUUUCCUACCAUAAUCGGUACAAGGUCGCUCUAUAGUUCUCUUCACUUCGAUCACACGUGAUCUAUAAUUGCAUUAUGCACAUUUUUCAGUGGCACAUUACCGGCGGGGGGGGAUUUCCCCUUUUAUAUAGUAUUUAUUAUUUGCACGACUAAUUAUUUUUAAAUUCAAAUUUCUUUACUUUUUUUUUUUUAAUCAGAAUAAUCAAUAUGUUGAUACCAGCUAUAGUUGUUAACAUAACAAAAAAAACCUAAACCUUCACAAUUAAUCGUUAAAAUGAAAUCUAUAUCUGAACCGAUUUAUAACAUGAAGGAGCACCUAAAUAGUAAAUUAAUUAAUUAUAACUAUUGACUUAACUAUACCUAGUUAUCCGAUUUCAAUGAUAAUUUCGGAGCAGAUUGAAUUAUAUGAAUUACUCACAAAAAUAUUUAAAUUUAAAUUGGACCUUGAUUUUUAACCUGAGUACGAGUUAAACAAUAUGACACAAUUUAAAAAUGCGAUUUUUCCCUUCUCAGCAAAAUUCUAAAUACGUCACUCGUCUCGUCUGUAAUGUCCUACUAUCCAGAGCAUGGUCAACCGUUAUCCAUAUGUCUUGCUCAAAUAACAUGUACGACGAAUAUACGUAAUUGUUAAAUGAUUAUUACUAUAGUACCAAUUUUUGUGUGUUUCCUAUUCAUCCCAAUGGAUCUUUUACAUACGCCUUUUCCAACACCACAUCUCAAAACCUAAUAGUUUUUCUUUUUGGUAUCAUUUAUGAUUCAUACAUUAUGUAAGUUUUUAUAAGUUUCGGAUUUCUCUCGUGUAAUACUGUGAUGCAUCUAUUAUUUGAAGUGAAAAGUUUGUAACGCAAUAAAAACACGAUUAAUUCAUUAUUUUCGAAAAUCGUCCGCGCCCUUUCGCGUUUAGGUACCAAUGCUUCAGUUAGCUACGCAGUCUAUUAAGUUCGUCUAAUGAGUGUGUCGUCGAAGUAACAGGAUACAAUUGUGUGUGUAUACGAUUUAUUCGCGUCGUGUGCCUUUUUAAUUGGAAUGCUGCUGCCAGUUCGUCUCGUCGAAACACUAUAUAUCUGCAGUGGACAGUGUACAGUGUGGUGUAGUCGGUCACGAUUUUUCCGACGUGAAAGUCGUUCGCUAAUUAACUUAAUACGAAAAAUGCAUGUCUACGUCCCCUAUGUACGCAUAGGAAUAAUUGUGAUCGUCUCUUCUCGUCGUCUUAAUAAAAAUCCGGUACUAUAAAUUACAAGAAAAAAAUCAACGAAAACACCCAGCAGAAACGACAAUAAUAACAACAAUAACAAUAAUAGUAGCGAAUUCGUAUAAUAGUCGUCGUGCGGUCAUUGUUGCAGUAUCUAUUUCGGCGGCGGAGGCGCGAAGUAUUUUUUUUUUUUUAAAUUUAAAUUUAAAUUUUUUUUGUAUUAUGAUGUCGUCGUCGUCAUCAAACACGCUUAAUAUAAUAAUACAUAAUAUAUUAUCGUCAUCAUUAUUAAAGACGUAUUAUAUAUUAUUAUAAUAUACUCACAAUAUUAUGCUCGUAUAUUAUAGGUAUACGUGACACUUGUGCGCCUGCGCGCGUUUGUAUAAAUAAUAACAAUAACAACAAAAUACCCACCAAAGUGUUAACGACACCUCGAGAACGUUUCAUUAUUCAACGGCCGAGACGGUUUAAUAUGAUUUACAAUAUUAUUAUUACGGUGCAGUGUGCCGCCGCCGCCGCCGCCACUGCCACUGCCGUCGAUAGUCUCUCCGAAGGCCGUGGGAAAUCUGAAGAUUCUGCGCGCCGCCAUAGUCGUCCGUACCGGUUACUACAGCAAUAAUAAUAAUGAUAAUACUAACGUAAUAAUAUAAACCUACCUGCACUAUGGUAUGCGUAUACAUCAUUACUAUGUACAGGGUGAUGCUCGGUUAUAAUGUCCCGUAUCAAAUACGACGGCCGGUAUAUUGGGUGCAGCAUAAGUUGUUGAUACGUCCGGAAAAUAUCGUCUAAUGAUAAUGAUAUACGUUUCUAGUAUUUUCUGCAUGUUAACUGUAGUUCUUCGAGAGCCCGCAGCAUCGCUAAAUACACUCUUUACAAUUGAUAUUUCCCAUUUUUUGCUCCGGGUUUUCUUCAACUCCGUCCAACCGACGUUCAGCCUUUUACUGGUCGGUGUCCGUGCCACAGCCGCUGUUAUUCAGUCGUUCUUUUCGCCGCGCAUUGCACGUGCCUAAACCUUCGCAGUUUCCGAACAUUGAUCAAAUUAGAUCUAGAAUCGGCAAUUUCGAUUUCUUUACGUAGAGUUUUUGAGUUUUGGAUUAUAAAACGAAUGCUAUAAUUGGUAUUCAUGAAGAGCAGAAGAAGGCGAAGAACGGUAUAGUAGUCUAGUUUUUUAAAUGUUGAGAUAAUGGUAAUAUGGUAUAUAUCAUUUGACGGCGCUUUUGAGUCUUACCAAAUGUUGAAUUACAUUCGGAGAUUUGGCGGUUUCAGUUGGAUAUCGAAUGUAAAAUGUUGAAUGCACCAGUUAAAAAAUAAUAUUUAGUCUUCUAGAUUUAGAGAAGUUUUGCUCUGCUGAACAAUUCAAACAGUUUAAGUAAUCUGUACUUUUUCUGUGCCCUUCAUAUAAAUACUGAAUAUUUUUUUUAAUUUUGUGGACAUUUCAUGUUCAUGAACGUCAUUUUAAGUACUCGGACAUUUUUUACACAUCGCUGAGACGUAUUAAAUUAUGAACACAUUAUUUGUAUCAAACGUUAUUUAUUUAUUUAUUUUUUGACGUUUAAAGUUAUUCCCUUUAUUGUGACCCGGAACAUAGAAUAAGGCGAUUCUUGUAUCGUGGGUCACGUUUUAUUAUGUUGACUUCGCAAGUAUAUAGGCAUUAAAUUCGAAAAAUAUAACUGAACCGGUAAACAUUGAGUAUAUAAUUCAUUAUUUUGUGUUAUCGUUUCACUUGUUCAUAGAUUUGGAUCAGAAAAAUCUCCGUCGUCGGAGCUAUAAUAUGUAUCGGCUAUAGAGAAAUAAUUUCGAAAAUGACAUCACCGUAAGUUAAAAGUUACUAAUCUGUAUACCAGAUACCUGCAGCUUGUUCUUCAAAAUGUUCUGAAAGUCUUAAACGCAAAAAAUAUUAUGUCUGAAACGUCGGAUGAUGUAUACAUUUUAACUGGGCAACGCGGAAACGUACAAAUUCGAUUUCAAAAUUACAAAUACUCUAAAAAUUAUACGAACGCUUCCGGCGAAACGAAAUGGAGGUGUACGAAAAAAUCUUGCAACGCGUUUAUUAAAAUCGUUGGUUCCGACCAAAACAUUUGCGUUACCGACGUGUCGGCGAACGUUCACGAACAGAGGUGUCUUCCGAUUUCCGACCGGAUUUUAGAAAGACAAGAAUUAAAUUGGUUCGUCAAACGGAAAGCCGUCGAAAAUAUUGACGAUAAACCCGGUAAGUCCGCAAUAAAUAUUGUAUACACGAUUGUUGUUUUUGUUUUUCUAUAGACGACUAUUAGUUAGAUUUUUGAAACGAAAAUAAAAUAUUAAAGUUUUAACUUUUUUUUUUGUUUGUUUAGCCAAAAUAUUGAGUAUGGGAUUGGAAAGUUGUAUCAAACUGAAAAAAAGUACGAAUAUAACGUCAGCCGAUAUGGCGUUAGUUAGACGGAACUUGUAUAACGCACGUAAAAAAUUAGCACAACCGAUUCCUACUUCGUGCGCCGAAGUAACGACUUCGAUGACUUCUCCUACUCUUAUCGAAUCAUUAGAAACGUUACCAAGGGGUGAGCAUUUUUUUUAAUACGUAGCCGACUCUGAAAUUUGUUUUUAUAUAGUUAUGUUGUAUAUGUGUAUACCGCUUGUAUUUUAUCUAUUCGAAACGUUCAACUGCCGCGACGAACCAUUACUGAAAUCUAUAAAUAAUAAUCAAUUCGUAUUUAAUUGUUUAUAAUUUAAAACAAAAAAUAAUUAAAGUUUAAAUUUAAAAAAACUCUUUUAAAAAUAGUAAAACCAACGAACAUAACAUCAACGAACAACUCUCUUAUUGUGAUACCUAUAAGGCUGCAUGCAGUGAUCAGUCUACACGGACAUCUCGAGCGCGAGGUCCGUUACAUUAGCACCCCCAACUUGGAAUUUCAUUAAAAAAUGUGCAUCAAAAAUUGUUUUUCUAAUUUUACACAUUUGUAAUCGCAAAUUCCAAAUUUGUACACCACUUAGAACCUGUGAAAAUCGAUAUUUUCUGCGGUGGUUCUAAUGUAACGUUGCACCAACACUCCACUUUUUGUACAAUACACCUAUCGACUCAAAACCUGCACCAACAUUUGUUCUAACAAUUUUUUUUUUUUUUUUUUCGACGCUUUAUUAUAAUCUUCGUUACAAUAUUUUCAAACUUUUACUCUUAAACGCAUCGUAUAUUCCUAUAUAUCGCCAUUCGAUUGUUAUUUGUAAUUUUUCGAUUUUAAGGGUAACAUUUUGUAAUAAUAUUAUUGCUGUGAACGAGAUCGAAGUCAAAUUAACUUUGAGUUUUUUUAGACCAACGAGUAUGUUAUGUUUUUUUAAUAAACCUUCUAAAACUCCAUAAACCGUGAUUUUGUUACCUCACGGCUCGGAAUACGGAUAACGUCUAAAUAAAUAAACACGCCGUUGUGGUAACGCGCGAUAAAACAGUCACUCUGUAUACACAUUAUUAUUAUUGUACGUGACGGGAGUUCGUUUUUGCUGUAUAUGUGUGUGUGUAAACGAGGAUGACCAUCGUCGCGAUUCGAUCGCUGCAAGGGGGAAAAAAAUAUCCAAAACUAAACAAAAAAACUAUCGUUUUCACCACGUAAACGUCACAAAUAUUAUGUACGACGACCGGCGCAGUGGCGCCACACAUACCUUACUGAGUAGUGAACUACUGCACUGGUAACCUAAUAGGAUAUUUUGGAUAUUUUGUGUAUUCAAAUUUAACACUCAAAAUAAAUAAAACCAAUAAUUUAGUAACUGAUAAACUCUGUACGUAUAGUUGUAAUAAUACAACACGGGCUUUACAAUGUUUACAUUUAAAACAAUACAUUAUUAAUUAUUCUAAGUAUUAUUAAAGCAGGAAAGAAGGAUCUUGAUUUGCUAAAUACAUGCACCUGCGUAGAGGUUCAUUAUGACCAUAAUUAGUUGAGGAAGUAGGAAGUGAAAAAAGAAUAGGGUGACGUGAGUGCCGCACUGAAAGAGAUAAUGUGGGAUAAUAUGGGAUAAUAAAUAAGUCGAAUCAAUUUUCCCUUGCGGUGAUCAAGCCAAGAAAGUAAGGUUAGCAGUUUGCCUACGAUUAGCUAGCGUGUCAAGUUAAGUAACUGCAGAACAGGUGUGUAAUCAUAUGAUUGAGACACUAAAUUUUUUAUGCGGAGCUAACAUAGUUCAAAAAUGUACGCUGGAACCUUUCAAGCAUGAUCGAAUUACAAGCUGUAUGAGGAUCUCAGAUGAUAGAGCCGUAUUCUGAAUAGUACGAAGAAUAGAUAAUUAUUUUUAUGUUAAUGGUUUAGUUGAUGAUUUUGGUAUUUUUCCGUAUGUAUCUAUGCGUUUACUUCAAUAUACAAUACGUCGGAAUAUAUUUUUAGGUCUUUUUCUUUUUUUUUUUAUUAGACUAUGACAACAUUUUAAAAUACAUUCAUUGUUUUCAAUUAGUAUGUGCGAACGGUUCGUCUGCAAAUCCGCUGACAAAUCGUCUAGAUUAUUUAUAGGAAGUCGAAUAAUCGCAUUAUAUUUGUACGUAUUUUGGAUUUCAUGCGAAAAUACACCACUGGCAGUGGAACGAGAUGGGCGGGCUGGUGUAAACAAAUAUGACGUCUGCACUGGCUUUUUGGAAAAACCUUUGGGCGCCACCUGACAACCUGACCUUUGUACAUCCGGUAGAGGAUAACAAUGCGUACAGGAUGUUCGCCGACCUUGACACUCCUGCCGCCGCGGUAGCUGCAGAGUUCCGGACGACGUGCGCCGUUAUAAUAAUAUGCGCGUAUUUCGUAAUUUCGUAUCACAUAUUGUACCUGUCGAUGUAAUAUUUCACACAGUCGGCGAAAACCGUACUUUUUUUUUUUUCUCGUCAACCGGUGAAUAUAUUAUUAUUGUGUUUUCGUUUCUGUGUUUGCAACAGCAGCAGCACGGUAAACAUCAUCAUGCAGUUUGUGCAGUUUGACCGGUUCGCUUUUACUCGCAGUACGUCGCGGCGGGUUUGUCAAGUGUUUUUUUUUUUUUUUUACUACCCGAACGCAUUUAAAUGGUAAUAUAAUUGUUUCGUUUUCGCCGCGUACCUAUCGUAUAUUUCAUCGGCCGCCAAUUUAUGUUUUCAAACUCCGUCUUCCGGUUUUAUUUACGAACUCGUAUAAGGAAACAACGCACGUUUUGACCAAUAAUAAUAAAACAAUAUUAUUUAAUAUUUAGGAUGAAAAUCUGAAGGAUCGUCGGGAUAUAUAUAUAGAGUCAGAAUUUCAAGUUAUUUUCCUCGAGUCCAAAUCGAUCGGUUAUAUCUGCAAUCUGCGGUUAUCACUACUGCACUAUUGUCAGCAGUGCCGGAUCGGGAUUAUAGGAUGCCCGACACUGAGAUUUUUCGUUAAUAUUGAAAACGGCCCAUGAGUACUCUCACGGUCCCAAAAAAUCGUACGUUAAUUUUGAACGUUCGGAAUAUUAUUAUUUUUUAUUAUUAAGAAAUAAAUUGAAAUUUCGUUGGUUCACACACAUACGCGGAUCAGUCCACCGAGUUUUCGUCGAUGGGCCUAACUUACCCGAACCGACUUUGCGGUUAUCAGUAAAUAUCCGUCAUGUUAAUGUUAAUGUUAAUGUAAACAUCUCGUUAUGAAUUAACCGAAACGUUUUAUUCUCGAAACGUCUCUUGUAAUGUAUAUCAUGUCGUUUUGAAUGUUGAAAAUCGAAUCUUCUGUUGACAGUUAUUCGGAUCGAAAUGUUUUAAAAACAUAACGCUAUCAAAGUACGCCUAUACGAUUUUCGUCUUUUUUUCGCGAUUAAUAUUGUGAUGUACAGUCUCAUUAUUGGUUUUUUUUCACGAGAAAAAUAAGUAAGUCUAAGGAGUCUUGUUUGUAUACGCGUGUUGGACUACUAUUAUAAAAAAAAGACCGACAUACUUCGCACGAUAGAUGGGCCACUGUUGUAAACGAAAAUUUGGAAAGGUAGGAUACAGAGAGGAAUUCAAUGUAUUUUCGUAUGCAAACGAAUAAUCAUUACUAAUGAAAUGCGAUUCUGAGCGGAGAGUUCGUUAUACGUGUUUUAAAAGGCUAUUAUAUUUACUAUUUUCGUCAACAUUUUAAAUUAAAAUUCUUAUAAAAAAACAAAAGUACUACAUUAAACUCAAUUUUUUCUCGUUGAAUACUUAACAGAAUUUAUAAUGAACAUCUCGUUAAAUUUUCAAGAAUUUCUGUUUGGUCUAACAAUUUUAUCCACUGAGUACCUUAUACCGAGUACAAAUUACGUAACAAAUUCUCAAAAUUAAAAUGUCUUUAUGUAGUUUAACUACGGCUCAAAUGUUUUGAAAAUGUUACCACGUCUAGAAAAGGCAAAUAUAAGUUUUCUGUCCAAAUGUCUAGCCUAUACGAAUAUGUUUAAUUGAAUUGCAACAAAAAAUUAAAAUUGAUCAUAAUAAAAGCAUUAUUUUCGUAAAUUUUUUCGUUUUUCCUACGUUUUUUCCAUAUAUUUUGAAAAUUACUUGGAGAAUCAACCUCCCGAAAGUUUACCCAAUAGAUAAAAUUUUCGCUUAGAAAAAGUGCUACACUUGAUUCAUCGGAGCUAGAUUUCUGGUUGGUAAGAUUUUUGUAGGUACGCGGUUUAAAAAAAAAAAAAUUAAACAUCAUUGUAAGACCAAUUGUAAAACUAGCUUCGCUUAGCAUCUGAAAACGGUAAUUUCCAUAUUAUACACACAGUAUGCAUUAUUAUAUGUAUUGGGAAAAUAGUUUUAUUGCACGUAGAACACAAAUCCCGUUUUAGUGUACAUUAUUUCGACUCCGUGUACGCAGUUAUUUCUAUACCCAUGUAUACAUAUCACAAUAGUUAUUAUUUCCUCCACACACCCCCUCCCCUCUCCCAUCAAAACAGUAAUAGGUAUCUUGUAUAUUAUAUAGUAUUGUUUUUGCCGUCCGUGACAAACAAAUUAUUGUGAAACUCCCUCGUCCCGCUAUAAUAUAGCUGCAGUAUCAUAUUAUUGUAUUAUUAUUAUUGUUGUUGUUGUUGACUUUGAAACGAGAUACACUCGCGCGGGGUUGAAUUUCGCGUACGCUCUCUAUAGCAACGAUGACGACGACGAUGAUGAUGUUAUUUACGUUCGAAUACGGACGUUUUUUUUUUUCUUUUUCAAGUUUUUUUUUUUAUCGAUACAUAUAUGUGCCGUGUCAUCGCGCUCACCCGUUUUUUUUUUUUUUUUUUUUUUUACAUUUUAAUUGAGCCAAUUAAUCGCUAAUAAACAACUAUAUAUACACUAUUAUACAGCAUUGGUAUACCACGGUUAUUGCUUACACCGCUAUAGCUAUUAUUAUCGCGUACUCUAACAAUAAUACCUAAUAAAUAAAUUGUCAUUAUCAACAUUAUUCCCGGGCAACGUAUAGACACUGACGCUGCUGCUGUUGCUGCUGUAGCGAUGACUGAUUAAAUGACAUAUUAAUAAUGUAUCAAAUAAUAUUGUAUACUUAAUGCACUGAUAAUAUUUUCUAAUAUUUACAACUGGCCUGUACACGUCAUAGUUCUGUUUCUCUAUUUUAUACUUUCUCUCUCGACUGGCGAUAUUUACACACGGGUAUCCAUUAUAAUAUUGUGUUUUCGAUAUAGCUUUGGAAAUUUUAAUUACGAUUAUAAUAUUCAUCAGAGUUAUAUGAGUAUACAAAAUAUUUCACUUGAACAACUCGAAGUAUCGAUGACUACUCUUAUUCUUCUCCUUCGCCUUCGCCCCAACAAUUUAGGGUCGACCGCCCUCGUCUUAAACUUUCACUUGACCCGAUAUCCUACAUGCAGGUCCUUGCAUACACCCGCCGUCCUCAUACCAUUCUCGAUCGUAUCUCACCACUUCUAUUUUGGUCUCCCUCAAUCCCCCUCUUUCUUCAUUGUAUCAUUUGUGCGGCGGCACGUCGUUUGUACACCACUACUCUCCCUCUACCCAAACCUUAAAGUGGAGUAUCUCGUCAACGAAAAUCAAAAAUGUUAACAACAAAAUUUCUUUUAACUAACACUAUUUAUAUAAUAUGAAACUUUUAAUAUAUAGGUUACCAUUUGAAAAUCAAAAGUCAAUAUUUGUUUCAGUAAGGGCGAUAAAAUAUAAUUGGCGAUAUAACAUCAUUUUAGAUCUGCUUGUUUCAUAAAUUAUCAAAACAUUUUUAUUUUUUGAAUAAAAGAAUCACCCUGUGCAUUUUUUUCACGAAAAUUAAAUAUUUCGUGAAAAUUUAGAACUCAAAUUUUAAUAUUUCUAUAUACAGAUAUACGGGCAGUCGCGUGCAAUCGCUACGACCUUGCAUGUGUAUGAAAUACACAAUUUUUUUAAAUUUAAUUAAAAAUGACAAAAUAAAUAAAUUUAUAGUUUUAUUAUAUAUUUGUAUUUCGGUGCAGUGUGCACGUCAAGUGCAGCAUACACAUUGUCUAAUUAUGUUUUACCGACUAUUUAUGACUGAGAAUUUUUCAACAAUACGAGUAUAACUUUGUUAUUAUACACGUAUAAAUAUUCGCUGAAAAACAAAAGUGUAUUUUAUCCGAACAAUAAAUAAAUUUAAAAUUAAAAUUUAACUUAAGAAAUUUAUAUCUCGGGUUUAUUUCAUAGACCUGCUGUAGAAUGCGAUUCCCAAAUUAACGAUCAUUACAAUAAAAUUAUUCGGAUAUAUUAUUUGAUUUGAUAACAAGCGAACACACAAGUAACGCCGUACUAUCAGUGCCGUGCGCAAGGGGAGCUGGCAGCUGCAUUCCGUACGAGACUUCUUUGCCAGUAUUUUGAAUAAAAAAUAAUAUAUUAGAUAUUAUAUGAAUUUGUUUUAAAUAUGAAACCUGACGUCCCUUACAUUUAGUGAAUUGGUGCAAAUAAGAGAGUGGGCUAUGGGGGAUUGAGCCUCUCUCUCUAUAAAAAGAAAUAUUUCAAUUAAUUGAACCCACGAUUUUUGCGUGUGAUGUUUGAUUUAAAAGAUCAUCGGCUCCUGUGUCCAGAGAACCUGCGUAAACUUUAGUAACGAAAUAACAUUGUGUUAUGAAUUAUGAUAUUUUUUACGUUUUUAAAUUUCGUUUUUUAACAAUAGUUUUCCCGUAGCGAGUGUGUAUAAAUAAUAUAACGCGCGUAAAACUUAUUGUCGUUUCGGUUUUAUGAAUUUCGUGCGAAAAAUAAAUAAGAUUAAUCCUUGACAAUUGAAACUAUAUACCUAUAUAUUGUAUUAUGUGUAUAAGUGUUUGAACCAAUGUCGUUAUAAAGUUUAGAGUGGAAUGGUCGAAUUUAUUUUCAAAAAAGUUUCGCAAUACGCUGCUAUUGCACGAAACUAAAAUUAUUGUUUGAAAAUUAUGUGACGGUUGACGUAAACUGCAAUUGUUUUUUCGCGAAUUCAAUUCGGUAAAAUUAUAAUAAACCGGAGGACGAAAAAAUAAACUUCCGGAGGUCCGCGAUUGUAAUAAUUUUAAAACCCGAUUUGAAUUCAUAAUAAGUUUUUCUCGCGAGAUGUAAACGGACGGACGGAGGGGAAUCGGAUAUGUAGUGUUUUUUUUUUUUUUUAAUUAAAUCAUUAUGGAUACAAGUACACUCACCAUAGGAAGUACAAUGUACACAUUUUUUUUUAUCGAACAUACAAAAGUAUAAAAUAACAAUUUUCGGUCAUCUGUAUUUACGACAUAAAAUUAUGUUUUAAUGCAGGUUUUUUUCGUUUUAAAUAAACAAAUUAAAAAAAAAAAAACAUACUUUUCCAAGGUCGUAAUAUAGUUACAAGAUUUACAAGAACUCUCGACAAUAUCGAUCUUAUAACUGCAAUAUAUAUUAUGCAGUCCUUCAAUAAUAUUGAUACUCGUAUAUUUUUUUGAUAUGCGGCGUUCCAACUCUAUAGCAAAAUCAUUUCAUCUUCAACACUCGAAUCAUUUACUUUUAAACGUAUUACAUUGAUUUUUUUUUACGCAGUACACUUGUCGUUAUUAUAAAUACUAUACGUAUACGAAUAACAAUUUAAAUAAAAAAAACAAAUUAAUUUACAUAUAAGUUUCAAAAUUUUAAUGUACGAUUUCGGACCUGCACUAUGUGUUACAUCUUUAUGGAUAACAAAAGGGCCUAAUCGUCGAUUUUCAUAAUAUAUAAUAUAUUGUUCAGAUGAACAAAUAAUCGCGUUAUUGCCUCCCCUAACAUUUUUAAUCACUGACAUUUACGUCCUAAGGCGUUGAAACAUCGACUGUUGGAAUGAUUAUGAUAUCGAUUAUUUUUAAAUUUGAUUAUCGUUGCAUAUAAUACGUAAUCGCUAAUGGCGUAUUCGCGUGGAGUAGGGGAAAAAUGCUUUACCUCACCUCAAUCUACACCUCUUCCCUGCCGAUCGCGUUAAAAUUAAAUAUUUAAUCUAUUUAGCAUUGAAAACUUACGGCCAGGGUUCGGAACUUAUAUACAGUAAUUUUUUGUUUAUUUGUUUGGUAUGUCAUUGAAAUCUGUUAUGAACAUGUAUGUCACGUUACAACGAGUUCAACUAUGAAAAUUAAAAAUGCUUAAAAUGUUUUUUUGUUUCACAUAUUUCGUUAGGUUAAAAAAAAAAAAAUAGCUUUUUCUAUAGUUUUAUUUUGCCUAUUGCAGCCUAUUCGCAUCAACUCAACUAUAUAAUCAGAAAUAAUGAUUGCACUUUUUAAGUAUGUACUCAAUAUUAUGCAUUUACAAAAAAAAAAAAACCCAAUAAAAAUGUUUUGCAUCAUAGAUUUUAUUUUAAUUGCGUAAUUGUAUAAAAAUAGUUCAAAAAUCGCUAGAAUGUUUCGAAAAUUUGAUCACGUCUCGUUAAUAUUAAUUAGUAUUAGUAUUAGUGAUUUUGUGUGAACAUUUCAGUUUCUACGUUCAUUUUUAACUGAAUAACAAAAAAAAAAAAGCCAAAAUCGAAAAUAAUGAAUUUUUUAUUGCCGUUUACUUUCUUUUACAGUUGUCUACAUGUUUCUCAAUUUUUUCGAAUCGUCUUCGAUACAUCAAUAGAUACGAUAAUUUGCUUUCUGCAGAAAAUUUUAUACACUUGAAAACUGGUGCAAUAUUAUCCGGUAGAAAAGUUCUUAGCAGAUAGAAAAAAAAAGAGCCGGUACUGCUGAUGAGUGUGCCACUGUUGUAGGUGAGAAACUGGGAAGAUAGGAUAUACAGUUGUUUAAUUUAUAAAUGUGCGCAACGAUAAAUCAUAACGAAAAUCAAGCCAGUUACGGUUUUAAAAAACAUUAAGGGAGGGGAUAAUUUUAAAUUGUCGGGCCCCAUAUCAUAAUGACAUAUAUCAAAAAAAGGAUGAAGAUUGUUUAUGGUAUAAUCAUAAAUUAUACAUAACUUUCAUUUUAGAUUCUGAGUGGUUUCUACAAUUGUUUUAUCUAUGGACAACUUUUCUACUAGAGAUCUGGUUCCGAUAUAUAUGAUGUAGACAUUUUUCUGAAAGGAAAUUUUGUUGGUGAGGUCAAAUUUCGAUUUUCUUAAGAGUUUUCCCAACAAACGAAAAAACCGGGAAAAUCAAUACAAUAUUAAGCAAACAUUAUUAAAAAAAAUAUAUAAUGCCUAUUUAAUUAUUUACCAUAUUAUAAAAUUUGUUUUGUUGACAAAGCAUCACCAUUAACUGAACUCCGCUCAGAAUCGUUUCUUUGUUGGCAAUGGUUUAUCAUUGCUUACGUUAAGAACAUACCUAACGGUUGACAAAACGUUCGGAAUAUAAUAUUAUCAGUGAUGGUGUUCCGGGAAAUUUUUUCUAGAGUACUCAUACUAUAACGUAAAGUAUCAUAAAGUAUAUUUUAUUAUGUGUGGCGCAGGAAGAGCCAAUGUCAUUUUUUCGAAAAAAUCUGUCGGGAAAAAAUGUUUAUAAUAUUUCUAUUUUCUAAAUAAAAAUUGUUGUAAGUUUUUGUGAAAAAUUGAAAAUUACACAAACAUUUAUAUUUAAUAAAAUACACAGAGCCCUAUGGGGAAUUUCAAAUGUCAAAGCCCAUUUCCCAACAAAAUGUGACAUCGUCUCCUCUCGCACCGAGCGCCACAAAUAUAAUAUAAGUGGCACGCGAACAAAAAAGUCUGAGAGCUUCUGGUCUAGCCGGCGUACACGGGAAUUCGGGCGUGUAUUACGCAAUUACACAGUCGUGUGCACUCCCCCGGGAUAACGCCGCCGAACCGGGAAUCGCGACGUUUCCGUUUUCAUCCGGAUCUUAUCGUUGCUUAUCGUAAACGUACAACGGACCGCGGCUGUUCAGACUUGUGCGUAUCCGUUUUUCGCGUACGCGCCGAGGGACCCCCGUUAAGUGGCAACACUGCCCCGCGUCGCAUAUAUCGAUUGACCCUCGUGGUCACCCCUCGCGAGGGACGCGCGUUCCCGAGAGAAGCGCGUUCGGCGUGCGUACGCAGCACAGCUGCAACCGCGCCACUGCAACGACGCGGCCGUUGUGUUUGAAAUCAAACGUCGGCCGAGUGUGUCGUGUGUUCGCGUGUUUUUUUUUUCACAUAAUAUUUUUUUAUAAUUAAUUAUUUAAUUUCUACUGUCGUUUUUUACCGCCUUCCCGUGAAUGCGCAGUUUUCGUUUUUUGUCCGCCCGAAAUGGAUUCGUCCGAUUUCCGUAUACCAAUACGGUCGUUACACAUAAUUAAAUAGCCGCAAUAAUAAUUAUCGACUCUGGUCGUACGAACUUUUAUUCGGAUAUUCAGUCUGCAGACCGGCCACCGCCGGUAUAGGUAUUAUUAUAAAUCGAGAACGACAACGAUAUAACGUAAUGACGACGAGCUGCGUAAUAUUGUAAAUCUCGUUUUCGAUGUGUAAUUUUGGUUUGUUCCCCCUUCCCCCCCCCGUGCGUCAAAAUUCGUGUCGUGUCGUUUUCGUCUUCGUCGUAAGAUAAUAAUAUAACACACGCGUGCGAUAUUUAGUAAGUCCGUUCUUUGGCGGUGUUUUUUAUUUAUUAUUUUUUUUUUUUCCGUAGUUCGUUAAAUACUUUUUUUUAGCGUAAGUACUUUGUGUAUUUCCGUAGGUAGAAUAUAAUAUUAUUAUCAUUGUUAUUGUCGAGCCAGCUCGUAGCUUUUUAUUUUUUUUCUGUCCAUAAUAUCCGCGCAGAAUUAUAUUCGUGUAUACGAUUUUACGCGACACGAGAAUCGUCGUCGGCGUUCAGUUUUUUCGCGUAGGUAUACGCGGUACGUACCGCACGACCGCUGCGACGUCCGGCUUCCAGACGACAGGAAUCUGGAGAUCCUAUUUUUAUGUACUUAUACCUCUUCGGUCGUCAACCUCCAUCCGGCGUGGUGGACGACGUGAUUUCCAAAUUUAGCAUUAGCCGCGUGCUAUGCGCACAUUAUGUUAUGAUAAUAAUACAGUCUGUGUUGUACACAACGGGUAUACCUAUACUAUUAUUAUUACACUCGGGCCAUAAUACAAUAAUACGACGGUUCUAGUCGCGGUAAUAUCAGUAUUGUUGUUAUUGCGCGUUUAUCCUUCGGAGACACGACGGCGAUAAUUGAUAACGAUGAUAUUGCGAUCGGCUCUUUCGCGAUAACAAUAAAAUACGAACGUAUACACGAUUAAUAAACGUUACGCCUCACAAGGGCCCCGGGGCGUGUGCAAGUAAAUUUUUCAUGUAAAUUUCGCGUAAAAUUAAUGCGCGCGGGCCAUUUGAUUAUCCCCGACACGAGUAUGUUACCGUCAUACUGCCCCGUAAUUUCGUUUGUUCGCGAGAUUACACCGUCCUGUGUUUUUCGAUUUAGCGUUGAAUUUAGUUCGGGGUGUUAGGUUCACGUCUCGUAUUCGGUCUGAAAACGCGUUACGACAACAUUGUGAUAACAUUUUCGAGAAACGAAAAUACGAUGUUCGCUAUUGGCAAAACACAAUGUUAUUAUAACGUAACACUUCGGACCCGGAGAAGAAGUCUUUUUGUUCAAGUCGAUUUUUGGCAUUUUUUUUUUUUUUUUAUAUAUAAUUUGGUGGUCUUGUGCAUUCCUCCCCCCCCUCGUCCGGCGCAAACGUCACGAGUGCACGCGUCUUUUACUGCAAACGAAAGUAUCGCGAGCCGUUACUAUAUGGUGUACUUUUUGUCGUUUGGCGUAUAAAUGACUCGACUCGGAGGACUUCAUUGAAAAUUGUUUAGCCGUUUAACGAUAUUACGUUACAAAAUUCCAUCCGCUCGCGUUGAUUCGUCCCAGCCGUGUACUUCCCCGGCACCAAAAAUAUAUUGUACAUCUCUGUCUGAGUGAAAAUACAUUUCGGAAAAAAAAACCAAACAGCGACUAACACCUAUAAUAUAAUAUAAUACAGAUGACUGUAGUACGAUUAAUUUUAUAAUCAUUUCUUUUUCCUUUUUUUUUUUUUUUUUCACUAGCUUUAGCAGUUUCGGACGAUUUAAACAAAUGUUGUAACAAUACCGUUAUUAUUAUCGUUUAAUAAUUCAAAUGAUUUGCGCUUUCGGCUAUUGUAACCGUAUACGAGUUUUCGUUAAAUAACAAUUAUCGCGUAGUGUAGGUAUAAUUCUGGUUUUAUAUGGUAUUGAACGUUGAAAACGCUUUCUGUGAUAUUGUUUAUACGAUAUAUUAUAAUUAUAUUAUCAUAACACGAUUUUGCUAGUAUUUCGCUCGCCCUGUAUAGUAUUAUCGUUGUGAAUUAUGAAUUGCAAUUGUUAAGGUACUCGCAUAAUAAAUUUACGUCGAAAUCUACUCGGUCUAUUAACAAACCUCCCCUCCCGCGCGUAUUAUAUUAGGAAAUUCUUGAUAAAAAAAAAAAAAAAAAAAUUGUUUUACAUUCGGUUUUUCUUCUGAGUAUACGUACUAAAUUAAAUUUUUAAACGUACAUUAAUUUAUAUUAAACGGUUUAUAAUUGUAUUUCUAUUUUCUCCGGCCAAACAAAAUAUGUACGUGCCGAACUCGUAUAAUGCAAUGGCGUGAAAGUGCACCUAACACAAUGUAUUAUAAUAUAAUGCACUUUUAACUGUUGUAAAAUUAUAAUUUACUGUUAUUUUUUUUCCGAAAAUUACUGUUUUAUAUAUUAUGAUUUGCGUCUAAACGUAAACGGGAACAAUAAAUUAAAUUUAAAAAGUUAUUUUUGAAAUACAUACCUAAUACGUAAACGGUUAUAAAGUCAAUUAUAAUUUGUCCGGGUCAUAAACGAAGACAAUUAUAUAUAUUAGAAUUCAUUAAUUCAUUAGAGUCGAUUAAUUUUUAUGGCAUAAUUGACAUCGCGGCCCACUCACCUAAUUAUCGGUUUUAAUUACGUUCGAAGGAAAUAAUAAUUGCAAUGCAUAAUAUAGAAAAUAUAUACUAGAAUUAAUUAAUAUACUCGAAAUCGAUAAACAUUUUACCCGUUUAUAUCGCACAGUUAUCGUACGCCGUAGCGGACUUCGACAAGUUUCAUUAUGAUUAUUAUAUUGUGCAUUUCCGAGCCGCGAAGUCCGUCGUAUUAUAAUUCAUUUUUCGCAUUUUCGUUUUGUUUUUCCGCGCGCGACAAACUUCCUGUGUAUAAUAUCAUAAAACGAGCGUGUCGACGCUGAUCUGGUCUAUCGACGUUAUAAGUUUAGUGUUUGUCUUUUUUUUUUUUUUAAAUAUUCGAUCGAAAAUAAUACGUAUCGAAAUUGUAUUAGUGAGAACUCGUUCCUUCGGUAAUAUUAGUUGUUUCGUAUAUCGUCCCGCGAUGAUCUGCUACUUGAAAUAACUUUUGUUCUAUUUAAUAUUUUUGAUAUAUAUAUGUAUAUUUUUUUAAAUAAUUAGUAUGCCUCUGCGCUACAGUCUUUUAUUUUCUAUGAUUUUUUGAAAAUUUGAAUAAUUUUCUUUUCAAUCAUAACAAUAUUGUUUAUCACCAUUGACCAUUGUUAAUUUACUUUUCCAAUACCCAUUGCCUAAAAUAUGAUAAUAUAUUAUUGCAUGAUAUUAACCCAUGGAAAAGAAAAUCCUUGUCAUUUAUCCUGACUAAUAACUGAUAAAAUAUUGUAAUGUAAUAACCACAAUAGGUAAUAUUUAUAUUUACAAAAUGUCAUAUUAUUAUUUAUAUCGACUUUAAUCGUGUUUUAUAUGCAAUACAGGACAUGUACCAUUCACAUUUACCCAUUUCGUCUUUUCGUCAAGCUUAAUACAAUAGUGUUCUUCUCGUCCAUGUUUUGUUUAGUACUUUUCAUUCGUUAUUCUCUCAGUCCAGCUUAUCUUUAACGUCUCGAACACUUCUAAUCUCUUUUUGGCUCUUCUGCUGCUAAUAAUCGUCCUGCAGGUUUAAAUUUCAUGUAGCAAUAUAUAUGUUCCGAACGUAUCAUUUUCAAUAUUCUUCAAGGUGAAUUAUGUACCUUUUUUUUUUUUAAAAAAAAAAGGAGCUAUUUUUGGUUAGAAAAUUAUGCGUUUAACCGUCUUUUUAUAGGUAUCUCUUCCAUCGUUGUACUGUUUGUUUUCCUAUAAUAAAUGCAAUUAUAUCGUACAGGAAAUUGUCAAAUCUUGCAGGUGCACCCUGUAUAAUAUUAUAUUUGUAUUUUAUAGUGUUAAAUUUGUUUGUUGUAUCGACAUCGUGGCUAUAUAUUAUAGUUGUUUUAGGUAUACCUACAUAAAACCGAGUUGAGGCAUGCCGCGCGCGCAUUUCGAGUGGUUUCAGCGAGUAUAUUUCCUAACCUAACCGUAGGUACCUAUAUAGCCGUAUAUAAUAGUGGUCUGAAGUUUUAAGUUUUUCCCAACUUUGUUUUUAAUUACUUAAACCGAAAAACAUCACGCAAUCGCAUUAUCGCGUGAUUCCAGCGCGUAUAUCACGUUCGAUAAAAUAUAUCCUCUUCGCCUAACGGUUUGACGACUUUUCUGUUUUUUUUGUUUUUUUUUGUUUUUUGUGCGUUAUCUGUGAAGAACCGAAAAGUCAUAAAUUUUCGUUUUCAUAAUAUUUCUGUUGCGCAAUGCGAUUGGACGGAAAGGCGCGGUUAUAUUAUUAUACAAUAUUACAUUUAUUACCUACCGCAGACGAUAUGUUAUUAAACACACAUGUAAUAUCCGUAUAAUAUCCGACGUAAUAUUGUUACCGUGUAAAAAAAUAAAAACUAUGAAGGGUAUAACAGGACUAUUUGACAUUUUUACAUUGUAUAGUUACUUGUGAAAAUGUCAAACAGUCCUGUUACACCCUGUAUAAUAAUAAUGAUGAUAAUUUCAGCGUUGUCGACAUGCAGACUGUAACGGCUAAGGUGCAUUUGGCAUGGAGUGAGUGUAUAUAAUAUGUACCUAAUUAAUUACAAUGUUUUUUUUUUUUAACUACGACCCGGUUAUUGUUUGUUUUUGGUUGCAAUAAAAAUUCGAUGUGGACGGCCCGGUAAUUCGCGAGCGCACACGGUCGUAAACGAAAAUUAUCGCAUUUAUUCGUCCGUGCGAUGAAUGCUAGGGUACAAUACGUAUUUCGAUAAAUACACGCCGUUAUUACGUAUACUUCAGUGGCGUUAUUGUUUGUACUUAAAUGGCGGCGGCGGCGUUUACAUAAAAAAGGUCCACGGCGCGGUAUGCGCUGUAAAAAUUACAAUCUACACCCGCGUAUGUAACAGCCAAGACCGCGUCAUAAUAUUUUGUCUACAAUAUUAUCGCACAAUGUUCGUAUAUGUAUAAUAAUGUAUAUAUUUUAUUACCGGUGGGCGUUCUAAAACCAAUUAAAAAAAAAUACACAUAUAGUUUUUUACUAAAAUACACGUGUGCGAUUCGAUUUAUAACUUUAUCGUACAUCGCACGCGAGUAUUUUACGGGUUGGCCAUUUUUUUUUUUUUUUUUUUUUUUCUUUUUUUUUUUUUUUUAUAUAAUAUAAUAUAAUAUUAUUUUAGUAUACGUGUAGUAAAACGUAUUGAAAUCUGUUUGAAUCGUAGACCCGAAUUAAGACGGUAUCGGCGCACUAUUUAUUUUAUAUUUUCCCCGACUCGCAACACGGCGAAUUUUCGCGUUCAGCAGAACCAAAUUCAAAGAGUGUACGAAAGUAAUUUAACGCGUUACAAGUUAGUUUUCAUCAUUUCGUCACCGAUAUCUUGUAACUCGGAAUUUUUUUUUCCUGAAGUUACCGACAUGUAUUUAUCGUGGUGGACGAAAAAAUAUAUACAUUUUGAUAACGUUCUAUUAAUAUGGAAAAUUUGUUUCUAGCAUAAAUUCAUGAAAGUUAUUAUAUCUAUUAAACAAUUAAUUAUAAAGAAAACCGAUUAAAAAAAAUUAAAAAAUUAAAUUGUACAUUUUUGAUGAGUAAAUAGUAACUUAACGAGUUAUUUUUUUUAUUUAGGAACUUUUAACUUAACUAAGUUACUCAAUUAAGGGUAAUUACUAACUUACUCGGUUACUAAAGUCGAGUAACUUGCACAGCGCUGAUCAAACUUGUGUUGUUAACUUGAGUAUAAUGGAGUGAAUUGACCUAUUAUCGAAAAGUUGAGAACGUAUUAUCUGUAUGAUCGUGUUUAUACGAAGGGUUUUUUUUUUGUUUAACGAUAUUUCAAUUUGUAUGCAAGUUAUGUAAGUAUAUAAAAUAUUACGAUAAUAUCUCGUUUCAAAAUCGAAAUAUCGUAAAAAAAAAAAAACCGCUGUAAAAACACGGAUUAUAUGUUUUUAACUGUAAGUCUGCAGAUAAUAUAGGUCUAUUCACUCUAAUACUUAAGAGUUAAGUUAACAAUACAAGUUGGGUUCUGCAAAUGUAUUAUGUUGCGCGCGAGCCAAAGAGAGAAAUCAAAUAGAGCGCCGACAUCCUCUUAAAAAAAACAAAAAAAAAACAACUUUGUUAGAAAUAGAUAGCUUACCUACAACAUUAUACAUUACAUUAUCUAUAUACCCAAUACCCAUUAACAGUGGGAGAUGUGGGAAGUUUAAAAACAAAGUAACACCAUUGUUAUAUAUAGAAAAAGAUACUUUGGUUUAUAGGUCUUACUAAGACCGUCUUGGGUUUUUAGGUACAGCUAUUUUGGCUAUCUGUUUCUAAUAUUGUUGGCACUGGAAAGUGUAUUUGUACAUUCUGUAUUACAAUAUACCAACAAAUAUAAACAUUUAUUUUAUAUUAUUUAAUGAAAAAUUGACUGCAUAAAAAAAGUAACAAAAUAAUUGUAUAUUUUACAUUAAUAUUAGUACUAGUUUUUAUUUUUUUAAGAGUAUUUUCAUAAUGUAUAUUAUGUAAAUAAGUAUAUAGUCGUUUUAAUUAAUUUAAAUUAAGUUAUUAAAAUAAUUGAAUUACUUGAUAAUUUUAUAGAUUGAAUGUAAAACUCGUUAAAUUCCGUACGUAUAUAACUCUGAAAUACUAUUAAGAGUAUACUUAACUCGGUUUGCGCUAAAAUAACCGCCCUGAAAUUAUAACGUUGAUUAUAUUAUUUUAAAUGGUUCCUUGGAUAGUACCUAUAUAUAUUAUAAUACUCGAGCUGUUUGCACUUUGGGAAAUAAAUUUGAAUGGUGUAUACUAUGUAUAAUACAGUGUAUAAAUACUCAAAUUGGUAACCUUGAAAUAUUACCGGUUUAACGCGAAAAUGCUAAAAUAUAAAUUUUAAUAAUAAAAAUACGUUCACGUGAUAUAAUUAUUACAGUAUUCGGCGGGUAUACGACUAUGUAUAGUACCUUGCAGCGGGAUUUCAUUGUCGUGGAACUAAAUUGAUAUUAUUUGUGAACAAAUUUCGGACAACGACGUACACGUCAUAUAUCGUUAGGCGUGCACAUUGUGCAGGCUUCGUCAGCGGGUUAUAAAUUCAGAAAAAAAUAUGGCCCCAGAAUAUAGUCGAAUAUAAUUGGUUGCCGAAAAUACAAUUAAAAAAAUCACAUUACGUUUAACCACGAUAGAUGAGAAUGUUUUAACUGCAGUUCGAAUUGAAUUACUAGCAAAAAUAUCUAAAUUUAAUUAUGUAUGUUGAACAAUUUUGGGCUACUAUCUGGAACUGCAUACUAUGCUGCAGCGGCACAUCCCGCAUGAUCUGCAUACCCCGUGCGCACGCAUAUUAUGAUACCUAUAUAAAUAUAAUACUAUAUUCUGUUUUCGUCGUCACAAAUUUUUUAAAAAAAAACACUAUUUGUAAAAAUAACAUUUUAUUCGUUAUAACAAUAUUCGACAUUUUUACCGAAAUUCCGUGUUAAAUAAUUAUAUUAGUAUAGGUAUAAUAUAGUAGUUUCAAAUAUUAUCAAUAUUAUCAUGGAACGUCUACAUGCAAUACGCAUAAAUUCCUUCUACUUAUAGGAUUUCAUAUGUCGUCAUACUAAUCUGUAAAAAUUCAAAUUCUCUAAAUCACUGAAAAACCAUGAAAAUAUCUAUAAAUAGAAUAUGAUAAAAAAAUGAAUGAAAUGGUCGAGUUUAAGAAAAAUGUUUAUCUCCAUCGGAUGUAAAAUAUUGUCAUUUUGGAGUUGGGACUUUUGUGACGAAAACGAUUUCGGCUUCUUUAGUACAGUUGCCGUUUUUGAGUUACAAGUUUACAACAAUCGCGGAUUUUUCCGAUGAUAAAAUACAAUAAUAGGAACGUCCCCCGGUAACGUACUUUUGGGAAUUGUCGGGAAUGCGUUUAAACAGGAGGAUAUGUAUUUUCACAAAAAAAAAAAAUAAAACACCCGCAAAACAAACAGCGAAUAGGUAUUAAAAAUAAUAUAAAACGAGUAUUGUUAUAAUAUAUUAUUGCCAUACUAUAGGUAUUCAAGUAAUAAAUAUUUUUUUUGGGAGGAUUUUCAUAACUACUAAACAAAAAAUAAUAAUAAUGAUAAAAAAUUACGAAUACCGAUAGAUCAGUGGUACGCGGUCCAUUACCACAUUUUGCGUGGCCAAGACUAAGACUAGAAUUGUUGUACGCUCCAAAAUCGAAAAUUCUAACGAAUAAACAUUAUAAAAUAUUUAUUUUGAAGUUUUAUAAAAUGCAAUAACUUUUAUUUGUCCCAUUUUAAUGUUAUUUGUCUGUAUUCGGACAAUUUAUUGCGGUUGUCAACAUUAAUAUAGACGUAAACGAGAUUGUAAAAGAAACAAAGAGGCGCCCGUCAACGUUAAUAUGAAAACAAAUCAAAUAAUCGAUAUCGAAAUUUAAUAAAUAAAUAUAAUAUUAUACAAUAAAUAAUUUUUCAAUUACUGUACUAACACAUUUAUUGAUAUAUAAUACGUAUAAAUUGUUAAUUUUUAAAACGUUUAUUCGGUCCUUUCCAAAAUUAUAUUGUAGUAAGAACCGCUGGUUUAGAAAAAAAAAAAACUAUUACAUGCUCGAAUCUAUUCACAAUAGCGGUUCAUCCAUAGGGUCACUAACGUUCCCCAGGUGAGGGGCUGCCAAAGGUUACUAUGUUUUGGACGGUAACUGGGCACGGUCAGUAUGUUUUGGGCAGUUGGGGAACGGCGAGCGUGUUUUUUAUAAGAUGCCACAGAUGUGUGUACUAUGGCACUAUGCGUUCAUUCAUUGCAAGGAAUCAAAUUAUGUUUUGGUUAUUCAUUAAUUAUUAUUUUAAUUUUUUUUAAAAAUAGUACUUUUAAAGUGAAAUUUUAUUUUCUAUGGCCAUAAUGUUUCUAUAUCCGUUUUCGAACAUAAGCCCUUAUGAAACUAUACAUGGGACAUUUUUAUACAUAGUAUACACGCUGUUAUACCCAAUAAUAUUAUAUCGAUAGAUUAUUUUUUAGAAAAUAGAGGGGGGCUUGUCAGUUGUCAGAAUGGAAGUUGAUCGAUAUUGAAAAGUAUUAAAUAUUAUAUAUGGGGGACAAGCAGGGAAUCUGCAGAGAUCCUUUUAUUAAUGAAAAUAUUAUCAUACCCGUUGGAAAGUAUUUGGAUUUAUUAAAUUAUAAUAUUAUCAACUAGCCGUUCUGCACAUGGCUUCGUCUUUGUCAAUUCCUCACCUUUUUUUGAUCAUUAAAAAAUUAUUUUUUAAAAAAUUCUUCCGAAAACAGAAAUAAAUAAUAAUAAAAAAAAUUCAAUAACGUGCGUCUACGUUUCCAUUAUCAUACAUGGUUAACCGUUGCACUGCACUUCCUCGCCCUUUGAAACGAAAUUACCUAAUAAUAACGUAAAAAAAGAAAACUGUGGUAUCAGAUUAAAACUCUAUAAAAUAUCAAAAGUAAAAAAAAAUAGUAUGUAUGAACAACAAAUAACAAACACAUCAAAGCCUGGAGUAUUAUUCUGUAUAAGAAGAAGAAUUGCAUAAGCUUAUAAUAAAGGUUAGGGAAAUAAAUUUAAAAACGUUUUCUGUAUUGACUAAAUUAAAAAAAUAGUAUUCUUUUCGAAAUUGUUUGGUUAGUAAAUACAAAUUCUUAAAUCUAUGUUUCCGUCGUUGUUUACGAUCUCUUUAAACAAAAUUUCUUUGCUUUCUGUGUAAAAAAUAUUAAUUUUUUCUAUUAUUUUACAUAUUAUAUUCAGUCGCGUAUUAUAACCUUUAUAUUACGCCAGGCUUUAUUUUGUUUUUUUCCGUAUGUUUAUACAUUUUUUUUUUACUUUAUUUAUAUCUAUAUAACUGGUUUUUUUUUCAAAUUGCAUCCACGUCAACAACUAAACCAAUAACAAAAAAAAAAAAAAAAAUACGAUUUUCGUUCCAAAACUGUGUUAGUAUCAACCACCAUAUUUUAUUGGUUGAAUUUCGGAAAUCAGACCUCGAGAUAAACGUCAGAAAACUCGUUCGUCCGCUACUGUAUGGACAUUUUCAGAACAUUUGCAUGCGAUCAAUUUAAAUAAAAAAAUACCUUGUUUUUUUUUUUUAUAGAGUUUUGUUUCAAUUUGUCCCUCGUGUUUGCGUUCAAUAUAUAUACAUUGUGUCACGGCUGUUUAUUUAUUUUUUUAAACUACCUACAAACGGUUUGAUUUUGAAUUUGUUUACUUUUUUCCAAUAUAACGGUAUCAACGUAUACUCACUUGCAGCAUAACCCCUCCCCCCCUUGAUCAGUAAUAACUAAAAUAAACAACUUGAAAACAUUGCGUAACAUGUUUACAAUACAAUAUGUAUACAUAAAAAUAAAUAACUAGCAUUAAAAAAAAUGGGUUCGUUAUAACGAUAAUGUUACCGCAGUUAUUGUACGCGGUCAUCAUGCGAUAAUUUCUAUAUGAGUUUUUUUUAUUUUUCUGUUUUAGAUGACAUGAUCGAAACUGAAAACGAAUCCCUUCGCGAACGCGUCUGCGACUUGGAAAAGAAAGUUUUGGAACAAGGCGACGAAAUCGUGUGCCUCCGGUCGACGCUGGCGGACGUACUCAGGCGGCUGAACCAGUUGGAAGGAAGUCGGACGUUGAGUCUUAACACAUCGGUUCUGAAAAACGGAAAUACGCCUAGAACCGGUACGCGCUAAUAACGUUAAUAAUUGAUACUGUUAUGUAUAUUAUAUAGAAUAUCCGCAUAUCUCAAUCGCAAUGACGGAGACGGCCGAGGCCGAGUGUAAAUAGGGAAAGUUUGAAUGAAAAAAAAAAAACCACCUAUUAUUGUUAUUAUGCGUUGUAUAGUACACAAUAUGUGUUGCUGAUCUGAUAAACGAACGGCUCGGCGAUAUUUAGGCGAGAAGGGAAUAAGCUUUAUAUCGGUUUCGGUCCGAUUUCCCCCCCCCCUCUCCCCCGUCGUCAUUUUGCGGUACGAAAUUCGCGUUGAAACAAAAUAUAUUUUAUACUUACCUAAUAUUAUUACAGCAAGGAAGUGCCCUUGAUUAAACAAUUUAAAGGAUAAAUAACGCAAAAAAAAAAAAUAUAAUAAUGAAGCCCAAUAAAAAUAUAAUUAUUAUAUUCGAGGUGAAAUGUUAAAUUUUUUUGUAUUAUUUUUAUUUGUUGUCUCGUAUGAAUUGCAUUCCUCUCGCAGUAUACCUAUAUGGCGAUAAUAAUGGACUUGCCGAUCAUCUAGUUUCAUAAUGCGCGUACGGUAUUAUUAUAAGUAUACUUAACCUAUUAUUAUAAAAAAAAGUUUUAUUAACGUUAAUAAUAGUUGACUACACGCAAAAAAUGAAAAAAAAAAAUUGUUCACGAUGUUAGUAUAUUAGACGCACUUAAGCCUGGGUCCACACAAUAAUGUUGAUAAUUUUACCUCCGCGAUAAAUAGACAACUGUAUAUCGUAUAAGAUACAGUGUCCAUGUGAUGACAGUAAAUUUCGUUAGAAUUUGCGAAUUUGAAUGUGGGUGUGAUUAAUGUUUUCGUUAAAAUUGAUUCUAGUGCUUUACAUAUUUCUUAAAAUUGUUCGAUAGGCAAAGUGAAUCCAAGUCAUAACUAAUAAUCGCUACGACUAGAUUGCAGUGCAAUAUUUGUGUGGAAACAAACCGGUUGCAGUUAUGUUAACUUAAGAUAUGACAUUAAACUUUAAAAUUAAUAUGACUUAUACCACUAUGGCUUUAACCCCCUAUAUAUAUAUCCUGCGUAAUCCGAUAGUUACGAAUAAUGUAACUAAUAAUUUAACUAAAAAAAAAAAAUUCAAAUUUGUUUUUGUUUUUUUUUUUUCCGUUUAAAAAUGUAUAAUAUUACACCCGGUUUAAAAUAUAUUUUCGCUCGCUGGAUAAAUUAUAUCGAAUAGUUAACCUACAGUUUGAUAUUUAUUAUUUUAUCAGUAUAUAAAACCGAUAUUUCGGGGUUCGGUGGGCACUAAACAAAAUUAUUCCUUCGUCAUAACCAUAUAUGUACCAAUAAUAUGUUUCUAAUCUGGUAUAGGUACGUCGUUUUAAAUGUUUUAAUAUUUAUAUUGCGGGUAAUAAUAUUUAUUACUGAAAACGACGUGUAAUAAAUAUUAUUAUCUGCAAUAUUACGAGCAUAUUAUAGGUAUCACUUGUUCCAAAAUAGACGAUGGCGGUGUAAAUAUUAUUCCGACGAGGUUAGAAAUUCGUCCCAAUUCAAACCGUAAAAAACUAUUUAAUAAUAAAUUUAAUAUUACCACUAUUUUAGUGCAAGGCUAGUAUUUCUUGACGAUAUACACUAAUUUUGAAACAUAUUUUACUGAAUUAUCAGGAACAUUCAACUAUAUACACCAUAAACCAUAUAAUAUAUUAACAUUAUUUGAUUUCGAAAUAUUCCUAUAGUUAUUAACGGGGUUUCGGGUCGAUUCUACUCGCGUAAACGCUGUAGAAAUAUUUUGGGCGUUGAUCGUGUCAGAUUUCGCCAAUACCGAUUUGUGUUUAAAAGCUUCCGUUAGCCGUUAAUUUGUAUUUAUUUAUGUUGUAACAUCGUGUUGGGCAUUGAUUUUUUAUUGGCUUUAAACACGGGUAUAGGUACUUCCUUUGGUCAUAAUAAUAUUUCUCUACGAGUGAACUUUAUAACUUAAGCGUUAUUAUUAUUAUUAUUUUAACAUUAUUGCAUACAGCGCACAAUAAUUUAUCGUGAAACCGAAAAGGUCACAAGACGCGCAAGACAGGUUUAUAGUUUUUAUGUUAAGUAAUAGCUUAAGUACCAUCUAAGUACGUUUAACGAUUCUAGUAAUCGCAAUGGCCACCCGAGGUCAAAGAAAAUAUUUCUGGGCGUUUUCGAUAGGCAAUUAAAACGCAUAUUGGUACGACGACGUAUUGUUGUGAACUCGCAUUUAUCGUUUUUUGUUCGGUUAUCGAAACUUACGGGUUGUUUGACGUACAAAUUAAGUGGACCGGUAACUGUUUUAAAAGGAUUCUGUAUCGUAAAUGUUGACAGUUGACGUAGGUACAUUUAAUAUGACUAAGACCUUCAGAACUAUUGUAUUACCCUUCGAAUUUCUAACGUUUGCUAAAUAACAUGUUUAAUUAUUAUUUUUUUAGACUGUCAUAUACGGUCAGUAAAAAAAAAAAUAUAUAUAUUUUAUCAAAUUUUAAUGGUAAUAAAAACAUCUGCUGUUGGAAAAUGUUACCUAUGUACUUAGAUCAUAUUAUACCAUGGAUGAAGCCAUGUCCCGAUAUUUGAAGCACAUAUUAGCGAUGAGUUUCUCGUUGAAAUGCGUUAUCUCGUUGCUAAUAUGUGCUUCAAAUAAUUGUUUACAUAGGCGGGAUAGGCUAUGACUCCAUAGUAUCCUAUAGUUAUUAUAGUUAUCCAUCCAUAGCAUAUGAUCUAAGCUUAUGUAUAAAGGUUCAUCCGUAGUGUUUAUUUUGAUGAAAAAAAAAAUGUAUACAUAUAUUUACGCGGAUGUCAAAUACUCAAAUUCUAUAAUUGGUGUUUUAUGGUAACGUAUCACAGAAGAUUGAGGGGCGUUAGUUCAUCUACUUGAAUGGUGAUGAUUGAAUUUUUAAAACUGUAGUUUUUAAGAAAUCAUUAUGUUAUAUUUUAAAUGCAAGUUUAUAUUUGAAAAUAAUACUAAUAAAUUACAAUUAUUUUAGUUAAAACGUUUGUAUUUUAGGAAAUCAUUAUGGUGGAAACGGUCAUCAUUUGAUUUCUCCGACUCUCUCACAAAAAGAAGUAACUCUUCGUUAUAGAUCAACAAACGAACAUCCUGUGUCUGCUCUCAGGGAUCCGGUAAGAAGAGUCCCGAGUCAUAAUAGUUCACAUUCUUCUUUACCACAAAGGUAACAACUCGUAUUGGUCUUUGUACAUUACCUUUGUAAUUAAAUUUGAAAACUGUAUUUUAGAAGGGCCGUACAUUACCAAUCUACUGGAUCGUUACAUUCGGACUCACCGAGUUCCAGUAGCGUAUCACCAGUGCCACCGGCAUCUCCGUCACCAUCUCCCACAAGACCUGCUACUGCUCAAAAACCUCAGCGUUCCAGCGGCACAAAUUUGUAUAAUUCUAAACGAUGGAGUUCCACCGGAGACUUCAAUCAGGCGCAAAAUUUCAGCGUCGCACCCCAAUCAUCCACUUUAGCUUCCAGGUGAACUUUUUAGGACCAACACCUGUGUGUGUUAAAUUUGUAUGUGUGUGUAUGUGUGUGUAGUUGUAAAUUGUACUGUUUUAAUUUUUUAAAUGUAUUAAUUAUUCAAGCUCAUUCCGAUCCUUUUGAUGGGUUUCGACAAUUUAAAUUAAAUGUCCAAGUGUUAAAAAUUAUCGAAGGCAAGCAUGUUAUUCUUCAGUUUUACUUUUAAGUUUGGUAUUGCCUUCAUAAGCAAAAACUAUGAGAAUCUAAAAAUACUGAAAGAGGAGUUGUAUACAUAAAAAAAAAUCAUAAAAUUCAGACCUUUUAGAUCAAUAUAUGCGGUAUGUCUGAAAUGUUGUGUUACAAAAAGGCUAUUAGCAAUACUUAUUAUGACAGAGCAUAGUAAAUAUUUAAAAUAUGCAUUUACUAAGUAAACAUGUUGUAUAAUAACCAUGCUAAGCAAAAUUGUUGAAUGUAUUGAUGAAAAUACAGCAUUUUUGCUUAAUAUACAAUAAUAAUAAUAAUUUAUGACGUUUAUACUUAGUACAGAUUGUGAACUUGUUGUAAUGUGAUAUGUGUAAAACAUAUUUGUAACUAAUAGAUCAGUAAAAUAGAAUAGUAAUUAUAUAAAUUAUAAUUAUAUAUAUAAAUAUAAAUUAUAUUCCAUUGAAUAUAUCAGUUAAAAUUACAUUUUAAAAUCCAUAUUAUACUUUAAGAAGUUUAUUGUAUGAGAUGUUAUGAACUUAUAAAAAUCCAAAAUAUAAUAACACGCUUUUCUCAAAAAUGUUCUUUAGUGACUUUCAGAGUUUUUGCUUACGAGGGCAAUAUAAAAUUAUAAAAACUGAUGCUUUUAAAUAAACAAAUAUAAACUUUUGUUUAGAACUAUAUAUAAACAAAAUUGUUUAAUUUUCAAAUAAAUAAUUGCUGUCUCUGUUCAUUACAUAAAUGUAACAAAAUAGUUGUCCACACUCUCAAGUUUUGUUGUAAAUUACACCCAUUAUAUAAUCAGAUUAAAUACAUUAUUAAUAAGGUUCAGUUAUUUAUAAAAUUGCAUAUUUUUUUCUGUUUAUCCAAUUCACUGAUGACCUGGAUACAAAUUUGAUUUAUGUUUGACUGAACCAAACAAUAGUAUUUUUGUUUCGCAUACUUUUGAAUAUUUUAUGGUUUGAAUUUUAAAUACAUAUUUUAGAAUUUUAGGAAUAUAAAUGCAUAUUUCAGUACAUUUUCAAACUUUUUAAAAACAAUUUAAAUUAAUAAUGAAAUAUAAAGCAAAAAGCAUAAAAUUUGAACAAAUCUAAAAAAUAACAAAAACUUUGUAUCACACUGUAAUUCUUUUAUUGUAAAUUAAUAUAUAAUUAUCUAUUUAAAUUAUUAUACGUACAAAUAACUACUAAUAAAAACUAAAUACUUAGGGUAAAAUUUUGUUGUGCAUAUUUUAGUUUUUUUUUUAAACUAAAAAUGCAUAUUUUAUGAUUUUUAGUGUAUAUUUGGUAAUUUUUUAAUGCAUAAAUGCAUACAUAUUACAGUUCUUUUAAGUGCAUAAACUUUAUAUACUCUAAUUAUUACAUAUUUGUUUUGAACCCUAUAAAAUAUAUUAUGUUCUAUAAUAAAAUUUUUAAAUUUGUUACAGUUCUAUAAAACAAUUUGGUUACAUGCAAAAUUGGAGUAUAAUUUUGUCUCAUAUUUAUACUUAGUGUUUAUAAUAGACAGAUUCUAACAAAUACAUUAAGCAUUAUAAGUAAUUCAAAUAAAUUAAAUAUUUGAAUUGGCUGUAAAAGUAAAAUAUAACAUCAGAAUAAAUUUGGUAGAUUUGAUAAACUCUUGCUUAUACAUUUUCACUUAUGUCUAAACUUUUUUUAUUAUUAUUAAUAUGUUCUGUUAAAUAAAUCAACUGAACAUUUUUGCUUAAAUUUGAUUUCAUAGUAAAUGUUGAUGUUUAAAAUUAAAUCUCACACCAAUAGGUACCUAAUCAAUAAAUCUGUGUAAAAAAAAAAAUUAAAAUAAUGUUUGCAAUUGUUCAAUAUAUACUACCAAAUUAUAAAGAUAGGUACAAUUUAUUUUACAUUUUUACAUUAGUCUAAUAAAUAAUUAUAAAUAAAAUAUUAGUACAUCAUACUGUAAUUAGGUAUAGUUGUAAAGGUUAAAAAUAAAAUUUAGUUUUUUUUGUCUAACCCACACUAUAACAUGGUUAAUUUAUAAAAUAUUGAUGUGUACAACAUUUUAGUACCAGCAAACAUUUUAGGUAAUGAAAUGGACUAAAACAUAAAGUAUAAUCAUUUUUUAAUAUUUUUUAACCUCUGUAACUGAAGGACAGAAGAUAAACUAAUAUAAAAUUAUACUUUAAAUUUGAUAAAUCUAUAAAAAUAAACUAAUGUUUAAUUACAAGUUAAAUUUCAAUUAUUUUAAUCGGAUCUUUAGUCAAAUAUUCUAUUAAAAUUAACUAUUGAUGUUGAUUUUACUAGAUAUUUUUUCCAAAUACCAAAUAGUUCGACUCCUUUUGAGAUAAAUGUCGAUUCACAUUGUACGCACGUUGGUUUUUCUAAGAAAUUAUUUAAAAUUUUCAAUCCUAAAUAUUUGGGUUACCUUUAUUUUUAUUUUUUAUAAUAACAUUUUGGACAUUUUCAAUAAAUACAGUACGCAAAUAAUAAUAUAGUAAUAAUGUAAACCAUAUAAAAUUGUAUAGAUUAAAUGUUUUCAGUAGUAUUAAUGUUUGUGUUUGUUUUUGCAUGUUGUGUGAAAUUGUAACACAUUGUAGACUUGGCACAAAAUCGUUGCUUAAUUUGAAUUUACGAUCACAACCACAGCAAAAUCACAGUCAUCAUUAUCAUCAAAAGCACGGGUAAGCAAACUUUUAGCAAUUAAUUUUAUGUUUAAAUGGUUUUAGUAUUGGUUUUUAUUUUACUUACACAAUGUUGUAAAAAGAACAUAUUUUUAUUGGUAAUGCAAGUGAGAAAAAUAAACAUAUUUUAUUAAUGUUUUUUGUUCUAAAUUUGGUUGCUUUUUUGGUAUAGACAACUUCUGUGCAUACAUUUAAUUUUGAUAUAUUGCUAUGUUAAGAUAGAUUUUGGUAAGGUUAAGUAUAGAUUUAGUGGUGUUUUUUUUUUUUAACAAUUUUUUAAAGGUAAAUGAUCAUAAUAUUAAUUAUAAUAAUAAUAAUAUUAAGUUUAAUUUAUUGUCAUAAAUAAAUAUAAUUACAUGCAAAUACAGAAAUUUAAAUAAAUACAAACUAUGACGCUGCCCAUAAAACAAUAGCUUGUGGUGGGUGCAGCACGUUCAAAAACAACAUUAUAUUAAAACAAAUAUUAUUUUUACAACAAAAAAUAAAAAAAAAUUAUCUAAUUAUCAUAUAUACGAUAUAAAUCAUAUAUAAACUAGUAAUUAAGGAAGAUCUAUGAGAUCUGAAAUCCCUUCUUCCUCCAUAAAUGUGUAUUAUUCAAUAAUAGUAUAUUUUUUUAAUAUUUUUAAUAAUUAUUACAAAAUUCAAAUUAAAUCUAUUACUUUUCUAAUAACCAUUAUUAUUAAAUAUUUUUAAUUAUAAAAUUUAUUUACUUUUUUUAAAAAACUAUUUAAGCAAUUUAUCUAUUAAAUUAAAUUGGUUUAAUUUUUGUGUAAAACAAAAAGACAUAGUAUUUAAAAUUGUAAUAUUUGUCUGAAACUAUUGUAAGCUAUAAUGUUUGAUGCAAUUUAAUUGGUGUGGCUAAUAUUUAUAUUUUGAAUUUAUGUCAUUAACAUAAACGGCUUGAAUUUCUUUUAAUGUUCUUAAUUUCCUUUUUAAAAAUGAAAAUUUUAAAAGACUAACUGUGCAUAAACAUUAUUAACACUUUAAACAUUAUAAACUGGGAUCUUAAAUUUGUACGAAUCUUAUAUUUUCGAAACAUUUCAUGGAAAUUUAAUGAAAUCAUAUAAAAGUAAUUUAUUUUUAAAUUUAUAACUAUUAAGUAGUUUAGUGUUAGUAAUUUAUAAAUAUUUCGUACAAUGUGAAAUAUCGAGUUUGAUAAUAAGUACUAGUAAUAUCUAUGAAACCUAAGGUUUUAUAUUUUAAAUGCCACCUUAGUUUCAAUUUAUUUAUAUUGAAUUUUAAAACGCUGGUUAAAAACCAUACAGUGCCUAUCUAAAAUCGGCAACCGGUACCAGAAAAGUGUAUCCAUGAGCAAAUACACAAAAUUUAAACCUGUUGGGCGUUUUGGCGUUGCAAAAAUAUUCAAAACAUUUCCAAUGGCUCCUCUGUGGUCAUAGCAGUUGCUGCAUAGACGCCUCGCACCCCCUUAGGGACGGCCCUAAAGCCGUUUAUUACAUCAUAUUUUAAUUUUAGGAUUUUUUUUUAGGCGAUCGCUGUUUAUCUGGGCAUACUAUUGAUUUACCUAAUAAUUAUUAUUGGUUAUUUAGCCUUCUUACAUAAAUCAAUCACAUCGAAAUCGAAUGUUUGUCAUAGAGCUAGGCAGGUGAAACGUACGGUUAAACAAUGAGUUAUCUAUACCCGAAGAAAAAAGAAAAGGAAAUUGUUAAAAAUGAAUUUAACUCGUUAAAGCGACGGAGGAAAUGGUAUUUAUUAGAUAUAUUAUUUGUUAUCUAACUGCUUUAUGCGCGUAUUACGAAAUAAUUUCCGCGUUGUGAAUGCAAUUAAAAUCUAAAGGAAUUAACGAUAUUUGUCUGUCAUUUGAAAUCGUAGAGGCAUAAAUAUUAUUUUACUGGAAAAAAAAAUGUAUGUAUAUAUUUUUAUCGCGCAUUUGGCUGGUAUCGAAAAUACGCGUUUCGUGGUUAAAAUGUUUUUUAUAUUUUUGUUUAUUUGUAUUUUGGUGAGUUUUUUUUUUUGUUAUAGAGUUUAAAUGCGGUUUUGUGGUAUAGAGAAUUUAAAAUAUUCGGAUAUCAUAAUCUAUCCGAAAUGGAAAACGCCAAAAUUCAAAAGAUAAUACAUCGCGUGUGAACCAAAAAAUUAAAAAAUACUGAUAAUUAUAAAAUUGUUAUAGGAAUAUUAUAAUCACUUUGUUUCUCACGAUACGGUUUAAUUUAAUUUUGAAUAAUGCGUUUUUUAAUGACUUUAUUGCGUACUAUUGUAUUAAUAGACCCUUUUUUUUUCGGCACUUCUAGCGUUAAGUUAAUAUUGUAAAAUGGCCAAAAUCGGCGGAAUACGAAUCGAUAUGGGUACGGGAGACGUACACAAUAGGGGAUACAAGACGUUAACGGGACGGGAUGGGUCGAAGCGAAAAUAAAGGAUAAAUCAUUGCGAAUUCGUAAAAGAUAAUGAUUCUGAGUAAAACGUCUAUUUGAAAUAAGUAUUGAGACGGCUGCUGUCAGAAUUUCUUCUCGCUAUUUUUCAUUUAUUCGCGAUUUCGAGGCCAUCGUCGGCCGAACUAUAGAUAACUCAAUAUACGAGAUAAUGUUAUUAGUAAAACUAACUAUUCAAAAUACGUCUAUAUCCCUUUUGUAAAAAAAAAAAUGUCUGAAUAAAACUUCUCGAAUAUCUAUUAUAUAGUAUCUAUAUGUAUCUUGAAUAGGUAUGUACUGCUUCAAAAUAUAUUUUCCGAACAAAAAUGUGUUGGUACCUAAGUACACCGUUGUAAAACGAAUCAAUAGCUCGAUAACGGGUAAAUAAUAAUUCAACAGCAUUUUUGAUUUCGAGCUAAAGGCGACCACUUCAAUUAUAUUUUAGUAAAAUAUUGUGAUAUCGUUUAAAUAGUGUACACGAAUGGCGAAUGUUUCUCUUCGAAACUUAUUACGGUUUUUUUUUUUUUUUUUAUUGUCCAAAAAAACGCUUUUUGAAAUAUCAUGUACCAUUAUUGUUUUAUAGAUUUUAGAUCAUUACGUAACUAUUACAGGAAUAAGGUAUUGUAGUAUUCUUUGGUAAUUGGGAGGGGGCAUAAUAAAUUCGAGCUCCUCGGAAAAUCCGUAAAUAUUGCAUAGAAUAUUUUCUAAAGACAAAUUAUGAACAUUUUUAUUAUAAGUAGAAUUCUAGAAAAAUAUAAACUUACAUUUUAUAUUUAAUAAUUAUUUCUAUUAAGUGGAUUUAUCUAAAAAAAAGGAAAAAAAAAAUUAUUCAUGUAUUUCAAAAAAAUUACCAAAAAUCUAAUACGGUCUUUUAAGAGAUCCGUUCUCGGUAAAAAUUAACGAAAUCAACAGAACGAGUUCUUUUGAAUCUUAUUUCUUCCAAGGACCGGUUCAAAUUAACGUGAUUUUGCUAUGUCGGUUUGUUAGUAAUAGUGCAGUAAAUGCGGAUGUAGCUCUUAAAGAACAUAGUUUUAAAUUUGCUAUACUGUUUAUAAUACUGUUACUAUUGCUCGCGAAUUUCAAGGAGCGGAGAAAAAAACGUUCUUUGGAUCAAAAUCAUGCAAUCAACAAAAAUAUUUGUUAUAACGAGAUUUAAGGGAAAAUUUAAAUCGACCCGCUACGCAAUAAAUAUUAUGUUCGUCGGAAAAACUUAUUUUAUUAUCAAAAUUCAUAAUAUAUUUUUCGUAGAGCCGUUUUACACUUUAAAAGAAGUAAUAUCUCAUCUUGAGAGUGAUUACAAAUGCGUAACAGCAAACUCGAAAAUUGUAAAAACCCGUUACAUAGCGAGAGUUUUGGCCAAAAAAAACUUCGUUAUAUCGAGAAAAUCCUCGUCUCGAGAUUUUCAAGGGAACGAAAAUUUCAUUCUCGGAUUAUAAUGCAAUUAUCAGACUGUCUGUACCGAUGUCGUUAGUGUUAUUAAUUGUUAUAGUUUCAUAUUUACAUUGUUCAAUACUUGAUGAGUCGUUAUUUUAAUAAAAUUACAUCGUAUUUUUCGUCUCGAGACAGCGGGGUAGUCAGGAUUUUGUAUAUUGGGGAGUUCGGUCGGAUCGAAUCGAAUCGAAUUACUCUCCCCCUUACGCACUGAUUAAGGGAAGGGAGAAAGAGCGCUGUCCUUGGACCCAUUGAAAUUGGGGCCCGUCUUUAUCCCCGAAAUAUAUAUUUUUUUUAAUGCUCACGUUUAACAAAACAUUUUCCACAUUAACAAAAAUAACAAAUUAAAAUAUAACAGAGUCAGAUUUAACAUCAUUAAUGAUACGAUGAGUGUUAUACUCAAAAAAUAAUAUUUUGCAAUAUUAAUAGAUUUCGAUAAAACUUCACGAUAAUUUGUAAAAGGAAAAUCAAGGAAAAAAUGUUAAGUUAUAAUUCUUUAAUAUCAAGUGUACUGCAGUGUGACAUUUUUAUCUAUACGAGUAUAAUAUAUUCUUAAUUAUUAUUUUUUUUUUUUUUUAUACUACAAGAUUAUACAAUUAUAAUGUAUAAAACCAUAAAAUGUUGUAAUACAAUAUUUUUGAAGUUUAAAGUUGAAAGGGAGUCCACUAAAUAUGUGGUACACCGGGGCCCAAUUGUUUCUUAAUCCGGGAGUUGCCCUCUCUUCUACGUAAAAAAAAAAAAAACACUAUACCAUGCAUACUGUAUGCGGCGUAUACGUAAACACGGUUCGUAGGAGAGGCUACAGUCCCCAUAAUUCCCCCUCCUCUUCCGGCUACGCUUCUAUAGGCUUAACACGAAAAGAUAAACGAUAUACCAGGUGAUCUAUUUAUAGUGGGUACAUUCAUUAUCUCGGAAAGUAUUAACUAUUUCCGGAAUUUAUUUUCUAAAACAUUUAAGAAACAAGCAGCUCUACAAUUUUAUAUUUAUGUUAUUUUUUGUCACCCAUAUUUUUGAGGGUAAAACCAUUACUUACUUUUGAUUUUCAAAUGACAUAUAUUUAAAAAAAUCGAUAAAUAGAUGGAAUAUUAGUUAAAAUCAAUUUUAAUGUUGAAAUCUUUGAUUUCCGUCGAUCCGUUGACGAGAUAUUCCACUUUUUUGUUUGGGUUCGAGGUGAGCAUUGGAGUGUCAUUUGUGUAGCGGUACGGCGCGCCAUGUGUUAUUAAUGCACCACUAAAACUCUCCCCCAACCUAAAAUUAAAUUGGAAUAUUUCGUCAGCGACUUAUACUCAAUACUCGAAUUUAUUUUAACUAAUACUCCAUUUAUUUAUGGAAUUUUUAAUGUAGAUACGGUUUGAAAGUAUAAAGUAGGUAGUGGUUUUACCCUCGAAAAUGAGGGUGACAAAAAAUAACAUAAAUAUAAAAUUAUAGAGCUGCUUGUUUCCUGAAUGUUCUAGAAAACGAAUUCCGAAAAAAAUUCUAACUUUCCAAGUAAAUGAGUGUACCCACCUAAAUGGAUCACCUCGACGAUUACUCCUGUUCUGUAUAAUAUUUAACAAUAACAAUAAUAAUGAUAUCACGCCCGUUUGAACGUUCGCGGGUGUCGCGGCGUUGAAAACGGUAUAAUUGUAAUUAUAAUAUAUUGUAAUAAUUGUUACUGAUUGGUCGUCGUCGCGAGAAUGGCAUGCGGGUGGGGGGGCUCGCCUCGCGUGUCGGUGGGAAAAUACUAUUUUAGAAGAAAUGCGCGCGUGGGAUAGUUUGUGGGAUAUUAUCUUCGCAUCGUAGAGUUGGACGGCGUAUCCGAGAGAUAGAGUGCCACCGCGGACGGGAUGCGCGUUCUGGUAGCGAUUGUCGAAAACCGCGGAACAAGGACGCGGUGAAAUACGUUGUUGUUGUUUUUUGUUUUGUUUUGUCCUACGCGCACGUACUCGUCGCAUAUAUAACGUCGGUUCGACGCAGCCGAUGACAUCAUAAUUCGUUUUCGUCUCGUUUGUUUCUGCAGUGCGGUUCUUUCGUACGGUUGUCGCACACGUUCAUUCGCCGCCUUCGUCGUUACAAUUCGUCCGUCCGCCCCGACGUCCAUCGCCGGAGUUUUCGAUUAAAGUUAAAGAGUUUUCGCGUAUCGUCCCGACGCCGAAUUUCCCGUUGAAACGCGAUGAUUCCCGCAGCGAAACCGACGCCCGCCAAACCGGCGCCCGCCAAACCAGCGCCCGCCAAACCCGCGACGCCCGCCAAGCCGGUGCCCGCCAAAGGGGCGGCAGCCGCCACUGACAGGUAUGCGCCGCACGUGAAUAUUCCGUUUUGUUUAUUUGCCCGUAUAUUAUCGGUUUUAACGGAUUUUCACGGCAUUGUCGUAGUUUCCGAGGCAUAAAUAACGGAGAACACCGUAUCUCUUUAUACCGCUGCAAUAAUGAUUUAAGGCGACAGUAUUGUGUCGCCUUUUUUAACCAUCAUUUGUUUUUUUUUUUUUUUUAUAGUUUUAAGCGCCGUGUAUUGUUAUAUUUUUUUUCGUUAUACGAAUAGCCAUAAUGGUUUAAAUUUAGGCAAUUCGAAAUAUUGUCUCAAAAUAUCGUAUUUAUUUUAGAUUUUAGGUUAUCUUUAUUAAUACAGAUUGGCAAUCGUUCUGUUUAUGAUUUCGAUAACGACUUGUCCUUAUUAACGGUUGCGGUGCGUCACCCGACUCAAACAAAUACCGACUACAAAUGCGAAAUAUUCAUUCGGUGUUUUUCCAUUUUCAAAUAGGUUUUUAGAAUUUUCGGGAUCAUUAUUUCGCUAAAAAUCAUAUUUUUUUUUUAUUUAAAUUACAUUUUCGGCUAUUUUUCCAAUAAUUUUUCGAUUAUUCUUUUGGGCAUUUAAGUCCAGGUCCUAAUAUUAUUAUUAUUGUUAUGUCAUACAUUAAAAGAUACGGAAUUUUCGCCUGGCUGUAAUUUAUUUGAAAUACCGUUGGUAUUUAUUAUCAAAAUUGACAGCAGUUUUCAAUCUAGGUCUUUUUUUUUACUUCUACGUGUACGUUUUAUACUAUUCCGCUCUGAAUCGUUUUUUCAUAAGUAUUUAUCAUUGCGAACAGUAUUCAAACUAAAUUACCCAUUCUCAACUACCCAUCACCUACAACAGUGAUAACAAUUCAUGAGCAGUAUCAACUCUUUUAAAUUGUAUUGGAUACACGCGUGUAAUUUGUAUAAUUCGAUUUAAACAUCUCGCAUUUUCACCAUAUUCUUCUAUUGACUCUUGACUUCGGGCUAGCGGUUUACCGGUUUCUUUUUUUCGUCAAAAAUACAUUAUUGACGAAUUUCUGAUUUUUAAUAUCGUUAUCGAAAGUGUCGAUAUAUAUAUAUAUAUAUUUUUUUUUAAUUUUCAAUUAACAAUAAUAACAUUAUUCGCCGUCGUCGAUUUAAAAAAUAGAAAAAUAUGCCUUUCAGAUAAGAUGAACUUUUUUUGUUCUCUUGUGUGUAACCGGAGCAAUAUUUUUUUAUCACAAUAGUAUUUCAGUUAUUCGGUUGUAUACGCGCUGUUACCCAGGUCCAUCCAAGGGGGUUGUCUUGGAUGUAGAGCCACGGUUUUGGAAGUUGCGCGUGCAUAACAUUAUGUUUGGUAUAUGGUUUUUCGAAAGUAUUUGUUUUCUAUCGGAAAUUCGGAUUUUAUACGGUUUGUGUUACGUUACGAAAACAACAGAAAACGAACAGACUCAAAACGCACGCGAAAUCGAGGUGCCGUAAUGCGCGCCUAUAAUAUUUUGAAACCAAUAAUUCCGUACACACGUUAGCUCGGACUAGGCGUUGAAUCCUCUACAGUUGGUUUCGUAAAUAUUCUCGUAUAGUGUGAGAAUAUCAUGUCCAAACCAACGAAAUAUAUAUUUAACCGUACCCAAUAAUAGUUCUUCAUUUUUGUCAAAUUUGACCUCAAAAACCGCGACCUGUCGCACGUUGUACAUUUUCGUAUACAUUUCCCUCCCCCCCCCCUGUUUUACUUUCGGACACUUUUAAAGGUUCCAGAAGUUUCAGAAAUCGGCUCAAAUUCGAGAAUUACAGUCGUAUUUUAUCGUAUGGCAGACGGGUGUUUUACUGUACCUUUGAACACCCCUACAAAUCGCCCCCCUCCGAAAUAAUGUCAAGGAGAUGACAUAAUAUUUAUUGUAGGUGAUAUAUUAUUAUAAUUGAUACAACGUUUAUGGGAAAUAAAUAUCACGAAAUAUACGUCUUAGUUCGUUAAAAUAUACGCUCUCUGUACGUCGGGUUUCCGACUUAUCCACGACUGCCAGGAAUCUUAACGUAAUCUUCCCGACAUUACGCUCAAUCGCCUCACGUUUUCGGCCUCUAUACAAGUUGUCCAAGAAUUUUCGUCGUCUCAACAACUGAAUCGAGAUGAUCUAUACACCCGAUGCUUCUAUUAUAUCACACUAUUCUAUAGCGCCGCAGCAGACUAACCAAUACCAUCGUCUCCUUCUCGCUGUUAACCUACGGAAUUAAAUAAAACGGAUGACCGUACAUAAUAUAAUAUAAUAAUAAGAUUAUCAAAAAAAAAAAAAAAAUACAAAAUACAAAACGGUUCUUAAAUUUUUCAAAUAAUAUUUCCGGGAUAGUUUUUUACGGAAUAAAUUGUCGUUUCGCAUGUCGCAGUUUUCUGACAAAACGAUGUAAAUGUACCGAUAAUUACAUGUAUUAGCAGUAAAACUCUAAAUGUUUUGUUUAUGCAUCGCCGUACAAUAAUUAAUGUGCCACCCAUUUAUACUAUAUAAUUAUCCUUUUCCAUGGCAAUUCAUAAUGUUCAACAAUAUAUGCGUCGUGCGUAUAAGACGACAUUUGAGAAUUUUUCUUUCCCGUUUUUCGCCGUCUCGUUUAAUUUUUGCGAAUGAUAUUCAAAUACCGUGUUAAAAUAUUAUGUCCGUCACGAAGAAAUCGUAUUAUUAUCGUCUGGUAAUGUUUGUGGCCGCGUUUAAUUUUGCGCGUUCGGAAUUGAUUUACUCGUUGUACAACAUAAGUAACGUGCCUCAGAUCGACAAGUUGUGCGGCUUGACCCGCGCCCAAAUAGCAACAGCCCAGCAAAGGUAUUAUAGUAAAAUUUCGAUAAACAAUAUUAUGUUUCCUAUGUAUGUUACGCCACAUCAUCGGUAAAAUGGCUCAAUUCGUGAAAUCCCGGUAAAUUUAUACUUUCCAUUCAUUUCGUAUUGUAAGUUUUGACUUUAGGGUGUAUUCGCCUAUUAUUAAACCUAAAGGUAAGAAUAUUUCCCGUGUGCCUACGUUGGUUUUGUUCCGAUAUUUUAAUUUUUAAGCGAGGCACGGUGAUUGUUAAAUUGUAUUACGUUUGAUAUUCGUAAUUCAUAUUUGUAAUUAAAAUAUCGAAAAAAAAAAAAUAACGUAAAAAUAUAGACAAUGUUCUUAGAUUUAAGUAUGAUAAUAGGCGAAUGCGCUUUAAUGUCAAAACUAACAGCGAGAAACGAACGAAAACUAUAAAUCUAAUGUAAUUCCAUGAAUCGGACAAUUUCACAGAUAUAGAAUUUCACCGAUGUAUUUAUAUAUAUAUAAAUACACACAUGUGGGGGAAAAACGACCGACAUUUGUAAUAUUUAUGCAUUCAAAGUGGUACAUUAAAGUAUAAGUAUAUGUACUGCAGGUCACUCUAAUUUAAAACCCGAACGUAUCCUCGGUCCUGAGCCAUCCUUGGUUCACUAUCACUGUGUACAAUCCGAAAACUCGUAAAUUCAAUUUAAACUCGACGGUUGUGUCGCAUGAAUCCGAACAAAAUCGUAAUAAACAACAUAGUAAAAACGUCUAAAAAUAAUAAUUUUUAUCUAACGAACUCUCGUAUAUAUAUUUUUAUAGUUUUUUUUACUUUUUAUCGGUUUCCAUUUCAAUAACAGUGCGUGUAAUGCGUAUAUAGUUAAUUUUAUGUCUAAAAUAAUGACGUUUGAAUUUUUAAUUCGUUUCGUGUAUAGGUACGGUUUUUUCCGUAUACACAUGGAACUUUUUAUUCGUAAAUAUAUAAUGGAUUCGCCCUUUUUUUUUCUAUCGGAGUUUCUCUAAUAUAUAAAACCUCCAAUUAUAAUAAUAAUAAAAAAAAAACUGUCGAAUAUAAAAUACAAUAUCAACAAAAAAUAUCAGUAUCAAAAGAUCUUUGCGCAAUAUGUAUAUUGUUGUUGUUUUGACAACAAGUAUAUUUUUGUGUACCCAUUAGAUUUUGAUAUAAAUAUUAAAUAACGUAAAAUAUUAAUUGAACUGACACGUGUUCGAUUGAAAUUUGUUUAUUUCUGCAUAACAUUCCGCCCUUAUUUCGACGUAAAAACAGUUAAAAUCAAAAUUGUGUCAGUGGACGGUCGUAUAUUCUUAUUGUAGGUUAGAUCAUAAUACUUAACCUGUACAGGGUGUCUCCUAAAGAUAUACCUGUUAGCUGUUGCGAUAUCUCGGAAAGAAAUAACUUUUUUCGUAAAUUUUUUUUUGAAAAUUAAGUAAUCCUUUGCUCUAAAAUGUUGCAUUACCGGUUUUUUCCCCUUAUUUACGGAGCGUAGAACGACUACCUAAUUUUUGAUUUUUAAAUGGCACCCUAUUUGACAAAUUUCACAAAUAGACGGAGUUUUAGUUUAGGUAAAUUUCAGUGUUAACGUUUUUGAUGCCCGUCAACCCGUCGCCGAAAUAUUUUACUUUGAAGUUUCGAUAGAAUAUAGUGACGCCGCAUCAUUUGUGUGGCGUAUGAAUUGUUCUCCACUACCUAUUAUCCACACCGAAACGUAUUCAAAGUAAUGUAACAUAUUAAUGCUGCAACUUCCAAAAAAUAUGAAUACUUUUCAAGACAUCGCAACAGGUAUGUCUUCGUGGGAUACCCCGAAUAAUAAUUGCAAUUUUGAAGUGUAACGCCGCUGAGUUGUGUUGGAUCCACUUCAGACCAACGGCAACGUGUCGAAAAUGGGUCGCAAAUAAUAUUGCGAUGUACCCGAAAAACCGUAAAUCAGAUUUUCUGUCUGUUUGUCGAAAAAUAAUCAAAUCUAGAAUAUUGACGUUGGUCGGAUCUGACAACUUGGCGGGGGUAAAAUUUCGCUAUUGGCUCAAACGUGUACGCUUUGUCUUGUAUACACCGUCAAGAUAAUAGGUAUUCGAAAUACGUGCUGGGGCAUCAUUUCAGUUUUUCAAUAGGAAUGCAAACAUUUGAAUCGGGCCAAUUUUUCUGAAAAUUGUCCGUUCCCUUUGCUCGGAUACGUGAUACUAAUAAGUUUAAACAAAUAUAUAUUCGUGGCGAUAUACCCCUAAAUCCAUAUUUAUUGGACGUGAGUUAGGGGAAAAAAAAUAAACGACUUUUAAAAUGUAUACAUUUGGUUUGCAUUAUAACAUUUUACGCGGGCCAAAAACACAUUUAAAACUAUAGGGCCGUCAAAGUAUAGUCCGAAUCCCUCAAAUGACGCCCCUGAAUGUGUGUGUAUAUCAGUGUUUCCUAACUGGUGUUCCGCGGAACUCAAAGGUUCCGUGAACCAGCGCCGAGGGUGCCGUGAGGAAUUUGGGAAAAGAUAAAUUAGUAAACGACAUUUUCGAUUUGAUUGUGUUUUUAUAAUUAAAAUCGAGGAGUUCUACAGAAUGCAAUGGAAAUCGGUUACAAACAUUUUGCCGGAAGUCUCCAACUGCCCGCUCAUUUGAGUAUCCUAAAGACGUGUCUGCGUUAUGUGGUUAUGAAAAUAACAAAUGAGGGUUCGUCCAAAUAUUCGAAUUCCCGCAAAAGUUCCCAUAGUUGGGAAGCACUGGUGUAUAUUUAUGUAUAAAUAAUUAAAAUCGGUUAAUUUCGUCGACCGGGUCGAAUCCGGACCGUGAUGCGUGACGGUGUUCUGUACAGCUGUGUCGGAAACUCCGGUACGUCGUCGUCGUCGUCGUCGUCGUCGUCGUCGUCGUCGUCCGCGAAACAACAGCGGCCGCAGCCGACCAGCGUGUUCGCGGUGUGCUCGGACGGCCAGUGCGUGGACCGGCAACGCAAGCUGGUCGAGUGUCUGACGUCCGAGGAGGUAGCGGCCAACGGGCUGCACGAACAGUUGGCGUUGGACGCGCGGUCGCUGUCCGCCUUGAUGAGCGCCGCGACGGUCGCCCGGGAACGGUCGACGGCCGCGGUGUUCGCCGCGGCCGACCAGCUGAACGAGGCGUUCCGCGAGUACAACGGAGCGGUGGCCGCGUGCAACGCGGCCACCCGGACGCUGACCGACCAACGGGAGACCGUCCGCAAAGGCCACGUUUACGUGGGCCGUCUCCGCGACCAGUUGUCCGAGACCAAAGUCAAGGCGACGAACGUCCAAAGACUGACGGGACAAGGCAACCACAGAGAAUUCGACGUGUACGCCACCGGGUGCCGGCCCGGCGAACGGAAAACCCCGGCGACCGACUGCGGCGGCGAGGCGGUCACGCCCGCGUGCCUCAUCGACCGCGAGGGACGGACGAAUCCCACACUUUAGUGUUUGUUGUUCCGAACCAGACUUUUGAAGCGGCAUUUUUCUUUCGUCACGCGACAGCCGCUUAAGAAGACUAAGUCCAGUUACGUGUAUUCGACACAGGGAGUAGGAAAACAGAGCAGUGUAAUCAAGCGAAGGAGAACACUUAUUUUUUUCGAAAUAAAAAAUCGCUUAUCGUUCGCCGUUAGUUGUUUAAUAAUUCGAUGCGUACGGUUUUAAACACGAUUUCCGAACGAAUACUAUUACCCGUAAGCAUCAGAGGUGCGUCACACGAGCCCUAUUUCCCCCUGAUUUUCGCCAUUACGAUAUUGCGUUGUUUUUUUUUUUUAUCACGAACCAACAGUUUUCUCGGGGGAUUUCAAGUGAAUUCGAUUUUAUGUUUUUCAAUCAUUACGCGAGGCCGUUUAAAGAAACGAAAUGGGAAUAAAAUUCGAUUAAAAUCCUCCGAAAAAAUUGUCGGUUCGCAAUAAAAGAAUCGCCUCUUGUAUAUACGCACGUACAAUAUUAAUUCGAAAUGGUUAUAAUAUGGUCUGCAGAAUUGUAUUUAUUGAGUUCCUUCAAACUUCUCUACAAUAAUCAUUAUGAUACAAUAUAUACAAUGUAUACAAUACCUACACCGCGCGUGCGUACACUCUCAUUAUUUAUAAUAGUUGAGUCGAACGAAAAACAAUAACAACUAUUAAUUCGAUACAUUGUCCUCGGUUGACGGUAUCAAUUAUUCAAAACUGUCGGGUUAUUGAUUUUUCCCCGACGAUAUAUUAUUAUUAGCUAAUGGCCGUUAACCGUAUGCGUUUUAUUUCAGCCGUGUAUAUUAAACCGGGCUAUGAUAGUGUAUUAAUAAUAUACGUACAUAAUAUUGCGUGCGGGAAUUUUUUUUUUUUUUUAAUUAUUCGAUGAAAUAUUCACGUCAAUUAUCAUAUCUCAACAAUUAAGCUUAUAAAACGCACAGAUCUUUAAAUUUUCAAACCAGUUUGAAAAACAAGGCUGAUAAAUCGUUUGAUUAGUAUUUCGAUAUGGAGUGAAACGUACGAUACAAAAAGUUAUUCGUUUUUACGAAUAUCUAAAAUAAUUCGUGCGUGUUUUUUUGAUUUUUGUCUUUUUUGUAAAGGUAUUGGGGAUCGAUUUUUGAAAUUCAAACAAGAACCUGUGUUCAAAUUUCACAAUUAUUAAACAGUAUUAGUUUAAAUACAUUUUGGUGUUGACGUUUUUAAUUUCCUUCCACGCGUUGACGGAGUUAUUCCAUUUUUUAGUUUAAGAGGAGAGUUUAAGAGGGAGGACAGUGGUGGACCACUAUUCAAACGCCGCGCGUCGUGCCGUGCUGCCGCAUAAGUGCAUAAUGUUACACUAUACUCCCUCCCUACCUAAACUAAAAAGGGGAGUAUCUCGUCAACGGGCUGACGGAUAUCUAAAAUUGAUUCAAACUAACUCUCCAUCUAAUUGUGAAAUUUUAUGAAGUUUUACGGGUUCUCAUUUGAAUUGCCAGGAGUUGACCUCCGAAACCCUCACAAAAAAAAUAAAUAUACAUAUUGUUUUAGAUCGCAAUAAAAACUUAAUACUUUUGCGAUCUACAUUUUGCUCUGUAUUAAACAUUUGCACAAUGAAAUUUGGCUGUAACGUACAUUUUCAAUCACCGUGUAUUAUAUUUGAUGGAAACAAAAAAUAAUAAUGUACGAUACAUCUAAGUAUGUUACGUUGAAAGUUUAUUAUCUUUGAUGUAUUAUAUGUAUGUAUUAUCUUUCAGGUAAUGUGUUUUUAAUCAUACUGCAAUUAUUAUAUUUUACUAAGUGCACGUUGCGUGUUCGUUAAACGAGACUUUAACGGUAAUUUUCGUAAUGUAAUUCAGCAUUGAAACGUAGACAAUAAUAAUUAUUUUAACGGCCGACGGUUCCCAAACUUUUAGAUUCCGAGCGAAGUUUGUGCUGGUAUUAGUAUACUGUAUAAUGUGUGUGUGUGUAUUUUGUGUCUGUUGACAUCUUUUCUAUCAGAAAUCUUAUUCUCCUCAACAAUUGUAUGUAGGAACUUUCUCGUAGCGUUUUUUUUUUUUUUUUUUUUUUUUAUUUUUUUUUUUUUUUAUUAUUAUUAUUGUCGCAUUUAGGCGGCGAUUAUUUUAUUUUUUUGAUUUUCCUUGUAGCAAUAAACGCCCAGUAAACGGGAAAAACUGACAAUUUGUUGUAUGCGUCGUUUUCCGUUGGCAAUGACAGUUUAUCGUAUUCGUAUAAAUUACAUUACUCUGUACAUUAUACUGUCCCUUUCAACUAUGUAUACGUUCCUAAAACAGUGGCACUGGCACCCACCAGCAGUAUCGCGCCCUUUUAGAUUCCGAGUGGAGCGAUACAUGUAUUGGUUUUACAAUGAUGUUUUUUUAAAUUUUUUUCUGUGAACAACUUUUCUACCAGCGAUUUCGCUCCGAUAGUAUCAUUUGUGUAGCGGCAUGGCGCGCGGCGUUUUAUCAGUGCUCCGCUGCUCUGGUCCGUACCUAAACUUAAAAAUGAAAUAUCUCGUCAACGGGUCGAAGGAAAUCGAAAAUGUUCACACCAAAAUUUAUUUAAAGUAAUGGUCCAUCCAUUUAUGGAAUUUUUAAUAUAGGUUCUCGUUUGAAAAUCCAAAUUCUGUAUCGCCACUAUAAGGAUACUCCUAAAAUGUUGCGAAAAAUCUUAAGUGUUCGAAAAUAUCAGAAUUUGAACGCACGUAAAAUUUAACCAAAACAAAUGGGGUGAGCGCGCUAUUGUUGUGAAUCACUCUGUAUAUACUUACAUACUUAUUGCUAUACACACUGAUACAGGAAUGUAGUGUACAGUGUCGGUUGUGCUCCGGAGCGCGAGAAUCGAGGAGCGGGCUCCGGAAGUCCCCCGCCGGCCACGACCCUGCGACCGCGUCGCGUACUGAUUAUUAUUCUGCGGUCUGUCUCGCGCUGACGGACUUUAAAACGGCGUCGGGUUCGAGCUCACAACGAAAUGAAAUCGCUUAAGCAAUUGACGAACGAGACCCGGCAGUCUUCUAGCCCAGUGUUUCUCAACUUCUUUUACUCACGUAACAUUUUGCAGGAAUUUGAACAUUUUGCGAAACCCCCGUUAUUUUUCCAUAGACUGAGUUUGGCCUACGGCGACGAAUCCCGUGGCCCGUUUCGGGCGUUCUCCUCGCGCGCAAUGAGUCGGCAAGAACGUCGGAUCGCGAUAACAAUGUCACUUACCGCGAGUAUACGGAGCGUCUCUGUAUGGGAUUUUGUCGAGUACUCCAGAUUUAUCGGCCCGCGGGAUCGAACCUUUUUGUUUUUUUUUUUCAACUAUUUAACCUUUUUUUCACCCAGGACGGAAUUUAUAUAAAAAAAAAAAAAGGUUACUGGGACGGGACUCGUACGCAGCCUCCGAAACAUAAUGUUAUUAACGCUGUAUAUUAAUUGAGUCCCAAUACCUGAACGGUGGAAAAAAUAAUGGUUCCGUGCACUUUCCGCCCGUGCGUUUUCCGCUCAACGCCUUUUUCGUGCUAUUUCCGUCCGUUGUCGUAUAAUCAUUACCUGCGCUAGGUGGACUAUCCGCUCGACAAUUUAAAAUUAACGUUAAGUAACGCGAAAUUAAUUUAUUAAAAUAGUAUUGUGUUGCGAGCAGGUACACAAUUGCUAACUUGUUGUUAUAACUUAACGGCUUACGAUUACCUUAUAUGCAUCGUUUAUAAUCGUCUAAUCUAAUUUAAUUUUUGAACAAACGAUAGAGUAAAUAAACAUUUUUUUUUUUUAAAUUUUCGACUUUUUGGGCAACGCCGUUUUUAUUUGUCUGAUACGUUGAUCUAAAUGUGUGUAUACCCCUUUUUGUUUCUUUUGCUGGUACGUACUCCAACCUCUAGCCUCCCGUCGAUGAUUCCGAUGCAUUGUGUUUGCUAUGAUAGAGAAUGUACACACGCGUAAAAUGACAGUGGAAAUAGUUUUUUGCUACUAUAAUACUGUUAAUUGCUAUAAUAUUACCAUAUCAUUUAUCAUUCGUUCAAAAAUCGGAACCGAACCUGUAAUAAUUUGACAAUUUUACCCGUUACGCGUGUGUUAUAAUUUUAAAUUAUCAACGAACGAACGGUCCACCACAUGAUAUAAUCUCGGCAAGUAAAGAUCACGAUAACGGGCGCGGAGAGCAUGUUGAGUGGAAAGUGCACGACACCCGUCCAGUGUGCGCACACGUACGACGUGUGCACAUUCGGCGCGCGCUGUAUAUACGAACGCGAAUAACGUUAACUCGACGGCGGCUUUUUUUAAUCGUCUCUCGGACCGGCCUUGAGGCGUCGUCGUUCGCCGCGGCCUAUUUACUGCGACUGCGUAAACAUCGCCAGUCACGACGACGACCCGCGAACCGGUCGGCCGAACCGAUUUCAGAUUUCGGUACUCGCGACAGUAGUGAACCGUCCGCCGUCCGCCGAAUUUCGCUCGCGUCCGCUGCAGCAAAAUAAGAGGAAAAAUAAUCGAAAUCGUUUUUCAACGGAGUCUGUGCGUACCGGGUCGACUCGUUUCCGUCGGAAUGUACCGGAGUACCGCGGACAAGAAGAGGUGCCCGAAACAUAUUAUUAACUUACCACCGGACCACGUCGCGAAACCGCCCGGCGACCGUUGUAUUGUCUAUGGUGCCGGUAUUUCCCGACCUUAUUUUUUUUUUACUCAACGCUAUUUUUAGAUUUUUAAAAACUCACGCCGCCCCGGCGCCCCCGAUAAAUUUAAUAAAUAAAAAAAAUUACUGUUUAUUUUUUAUAAUCGGCCAUUGAAUCAAAGUGAAAAAUAAAUAUUUUCUUCGCGUUUCGUUCUCGGACAUUUUAUUAUGAUAAUAAAACGUAUAACUAACGUACACGCACUCUAAAUAUUAUAACUUCGUGUAAUAAAUGCAAUAACCAUCGGAAGUAUCCGUAUGAAAAUGGGACCAAGACAGAGGCGUUCAAGGGGAUUUUUUAUUGGGGGGGAUAGGUAUGAAAAUGUACUAAAAGGAGCCGUGGGACCAGGUCCCUACUCACCUCUUUUUUUUUUUUUUUUACAUAAAAACUACAUACAUUAAAUUGCAACAAUAUUAUAUUUUUGUAUAUCAGUACUUGUAACAGGUGCAAACUUUUGGGAAAAAAAUUGAAUAUACUUUAAUUACUUCGUUUCAUUUUGAUCAAAAAUAAAAAAGGAAGACAGUCGUCAUUCGUCUGUAUACACUAUACAAAUCGCUAAAAACGAUUGAUAAACACAAAUAUGUCAUCACUUGGUGGAUGGUAUCGUGAGACUUAAUUUAUUGUUUACAUCAAUAUUAUAUUAGAUUACAGAUAUUACAGUUAUUAAUCUGUAACGGUGGUCUGUAGUCUGUUACUGUAUAGCAAUUGCAUAUUCGCAUGGAAAAUGAUAACGUGUCAAAAAAAUAUUUAUUUGUUUAAUUUUCAUUAAAGUAUUAAAUAUCACUUAUCAGUUAAUCAUGAAAGUCCAUCUUACGUAAAAAUGAAAAAGGCCAUGGGGAGGGAUCCAUUCCCCAUAUCCUCCUCCACCCGCCCCUGAGAACGCCUGUGGACUAAACGAAGCUUAUUGGCAUCGAUACGAUAAGAUAAAAUAUAUAUAUAUGUGUAUAUUAAUUACCAUUUCGCUGCUAUUGUCGUGUGUUAAAAAUUAUUAAAUUAAUUUUUUUUUUCGUACACAGAUAUACAUUUCAUUGCAAUGAGUUAUAUGAAUUUGCUAUUAGUGUUUUAAUAAUAGCAAAUUAUUUUUACGAUGAAAAUCACAGUACAAUCACCCCCCUUAGCGCCCCCUUUAGUAAAAAGCCUCCAAGGGGGCGGUACCGCCCACGUUAGGAAUCACUGGAUUCUUUACGGACAAUUUCUUGUAAAUUUGAUUUCGGCGAUUUUCAACCGUUGUCCGUAACGAAAUUUGCAAACGUUUUCGUCUUUAUCCCGGCGCUUUUAAACUCCCGAUUAUAGGGUUUUGAUCGAACCAGCUAAAAUCGAAUUCACUCGGAAUCUCCGUGUAUGUAAAUAAUUCAGUUGGUUCGUGCUGAUAGACAACAAUCGUCCCGUAUACCCGGACAGGUAUUUCAAUGCGAUUUCGUAUAGUUUGCAUGGUGGAUUUUUUUCCAACUCAUUAGCUCCUCGAGUGGAAAACGUGUUUUAGUAGAUUAAAAUUAGUACGGCGUGUUUCGACUUCAAAGUUUCCGACACUGCAUCGAAAUUCCAACGACGUAUCUGGCGAUUUUUCGUUUGUGUUUUUACAAAGCUCGGCAAUAACUAAUCAAUUUAUAAGUUACAAUUAUUUCGAUAACUUAAACUAAAAUAAUUUAUUUUAAUGAAAUUUCGGUUCUUUUAAAAAAAAGUCUUUUACGAAGGUUUUUGUGUAAAAAACCGUUUGCAUUUAUUUUUCGACGAAUGUAACGUAUGCUUAGUUUGUUAUGCGAAUAUCAUUGUCGCACAAUAAGACAAUAAAUAUGUGGCCUAGUUGAGCAAUUGUAAACAGGAGUAACUUUUAACUACUUAACUCGAGCAUUAUUAUUUUCGCAAAGUUAUGCUUCAAAACCGACUUUAUCCUAGCCAUGAGUUAUUUGUUAUUUUUGAGUGAUUUAAUUUGAAUCAGUUAAACAUAAGUAACUGUUAACCGGUUUACCGUGUACGACGAAAUGAUAAUACUAAUUCAAAUAAUGUUUUUCCCCUCCGCAGCACUCGCGAUGCCACGUACAACGAAGAGGAAGGCAGCGUCCGGAUGUUCCUGCGAGGACGUCCCAUCAACCUGUACGCGCCUACCGCCGAGAUCGCGACCUACGACAUCACCAAAGUGGCCACCGCUCCUUCGUCCCGGCUCAAAUUAGACUGGGUGUAUCCUUUGAUCGCAAAACGCCGCGGUUUAUUGCAACGCCGUGUAACAAAACAUCGUUUUUAUACGUCGGGAGGCUCAUUUUCGUUUCAUUUCCUCCGUAUAGGCGCAGCUAUUAUCUAAUGUUCUUGAAAUCAAAAAUUUUUAUCGAGACUUAUCUAAUUUCAAAACCGUAGUCAAAUAUUAUGGAUAGAUUGUUUGUUUUUCGCUCGGUUCUUCUUUCUACGUUGCUCCGACCUAAUUGGGGAAGCUCGAACUUUACCGGUUAUCGUAAGUACUGACAAGACCGUAGAACUGACAAUGAAUUUCGAAGGAGAUCCGAAAUUUGUUUGACAUACUUAUAUAGGCUAUAGCUGAUACACUAAUAUUUUUUUUUUUUACGUUUAAAUACGUACACCAUUCACCCGCCCCUGGUCAUGACCUUGGAUAGCGAUUCAAUUCGAGUAAUCUUUUUUUUUUUUUAAAAAAAUUGAAAAAUAGGGAAUACGAUCGCCACGUCGAACAUCCCCCCGCCCACCAUUCAACCGGAUCUGAAAUAAACCAUAAUAUUAUUAUAGAUCAACACUAGGUUUUUUAAAUUUUUAAACAUUUUCAAAGAAAACUUCUCAUAUUAUCGACCGUGUUUUUAUGGUUAUUUGUAUAUGCGAUUUUUCUUAUUAGGAUGAUUUAUUAUCCGCGGUUUUCAGAUCGUCUGUUCGACCGUUGCAUCGUCAGCUAUACAAAAGUGCAAACCGCGGUGAUUCGCUUAUCGUUCAUAUUAUAUUUUUAAUGCCCUCAGAUAACUUCAGAUCUUAAAAUAAUUGAAAAAAUAUCGAGACUAAUCAAUUUUUUUUUUCAACCGUUGUCAAAUGUAUUAUGAUAAUAGAUUGUGUUUUGCCCGGCUCUUCUUCUAUAUCGCUCCGGCAACGACCUCGCCUUUCCGUAUUUCGUGUUCGAUCCGAUUAAAUCAAACACACGCUAUCAUUUUUCGCGGCGCGUACACAAUUCGUUAUUUUUACAGAACUCUUUCGCAUACACCUACUCGGGCAAUCAAUAUUAAUUAAUACGAAUAUAAUAAAUCAUUUCUUCCGUGUUUGUCUUGUCCGUCGUGUUGGCGGGUUCCAACGAUUUACGAAAAUAUAACAACAAUUAUUAUGUUUCGCUGUAUCAACUCGUCGGAAGCCGAUGAAUUUCAAUAAUUCACGAUUAUAAUCCCGUUUAUAUUUUGUUACCCUCGGAGUUAUUAUAAUAUAUUUUUAAUGCCGAUUCAUUAAUCCGCUUCAGGUGAAAUCGAUUUCCCCGCCAUCAGACCCGCCAAAUCACCACCCGUUUGCGUGCCUUAAAACUGUAGUUAGCACGGGGAAUAAUCAUGAUUUUACGCGCUGAGUAUAUUAAAUCGGUUUGAUGGAAUAAUGUGCCUACCCCGAAUAUUAUUACGAUCUAUUAUUCAAACGGCAUUAUAUUAUUUUCUCUAGUUUUAAAUCCUUUCACUUUUUUUCACGAGCUGCACGAAUUAUGAAUAUGUUUUAACGACAUUUUAUGUAAUAACGCGCGUUAAAUAGCAAACGACUGAAAGUACCUAAUAGGCACUGAACAAUUAUUACAAUUUACACGAAACGUUCCUUAACCAAUCUCGCAAACAGUUACGGAUACAGAGGAAAAGACUGCCGUUCCAACUUGUACUUGUUGCCCACUGGCGAGAUGGUGUACUUCGUGGCCUCCGUGGCCGUGUUGUACAACGUCGAGGAACAAAGUCAAAGGCACUAUCUGGGUCACACCGACGAUAUCAAAUGGUAAAAAUAAACGAGGUUUUUUUUUAGAUGUAUCUAUCUGGGUAAUUUUCGGCCGCGUAUAAUAUUAUUAAAACGUUUCUGAGAGUAUAUAUAUAUAUAUAUAUGAAGCGUGGCUCUGUACAACUGAGGAAAUUUGGACAAUCGCUACAGAAGAUAAAACAAUAAUAGAGGCUUUCGAAAUGUGUUGUGGUCGAAAAACUCGUAAGGUUAAAUGGAUAGAAAGAAUAUCAAACGAAGAGGUAUUGAACAGAAUAAAGGAAUAGCGAGAACUUCGGCAUAAUAUACAAAUCGAUAGGCACCAAAUGAUAAGGCAUCUAUUGCGUCACGAUUUCUUAACGAAAUGUGACGAUAAUGGUCGUAUUACAAGAGAAAGGCCGGGGGUAGAGUAUAUGAAACUAAUCAUGAUAGACGUGAAUAAAGAUGGUUACAAGGAGUGACGGAAAAUUGAAACACGAAAGAGAAGCAUGUAAACUGCAACAAACCGUUUCGAAACGGUUGAUGACGAGAAAUAGAUAAAAACAAUCAUAAUAAUAUUAUCAUCGCUGUGCCGUACUCCGACUUAAUUAUAGACUUUUGAGUUAAUGUUCAAAUUAAUAUUAUUAUAAUUUCGUGAUGCUUGUUUUCAGCCUGACCAUUCAUCCCAACAAGCUGUUGGUAGCCACGGGCCAGACGGCCGGGCACGAUAAUCGCGAAGGAAAGGUAAACGAUUUUCCAUAGUUUAGUCGUAAUUAUAAUCUGGAGAUUUAAUGUCAUUGAAUUUUAUUUUGUUUUUUCAGCCCCACAUUCGCGUGUGGAAUUCGGUGAGUUUGGCAACGGUGGUCGUCCUGGGAUUGGGCGAAUUCGAACGUUCCAUAAGUUGCUUGUCGUUUUCCAAAGCGGUACGUACCGUUAUAAACUUUAUUGACUUAAUAUUAUUGUUAUUACCUAUAUUUGGAGUAUUCCGGUUGGAUUGAACCGUUUAUUAUGCCGAUUACAGGACGGCGGUAGUCUAUUGUGCGCGAUCGACGAAGGAAACGACCAUAACAUAUCCGUGUGGGACUGGCAAAAGAACGAAAAGGGUCACAAGAUCACCGAGACCAAGGUAAGCGGAUAAAAUAUUCGUCCGUUAUAAAAUCGUCUAAACACUGUUGAUCGAAAACCCGUAUACAACUGAUAUUAAUCUAUAUAAUAUUAUAUUCGUCAGUGUUCGAUGGACACGGUGGUGGCCGCCGAAUUCCAUCCGCUGGAACGAAACCAGAUCGUCACUUGCGGCAAGGGUCACAUCAGUUUCUGGACGCUAGACGCCGGCGGCACCCUGUACAAACGCAAUGGAAUAUUCGAGACCACCCGCGACCGUCCGAAAUACGUAACGUGCUUGGCUUUCACCCAGAACGGAGACAUUCUGUCUGGAGACUCGAACGGAUCCGUCGUCAUUUGGGGACGUGGUUAGUAAUGGAGGGACGAGGCUAAGUCCGAGGACUGGCCGAAGAGGAUUUCUUUACACCAAUACUUAUUUUCUUUGUCUGUCCCAAAAGUAUUUUGUACUUCAACGACUGAAACUGUCCAGUUGAGUUUAGGACAAAGGGACCUAUUAUAGAUUUAGUAAACCUUUAUGUUUCGACCUAAUGAUUUUUUAAUAAUAUUUUCGUUUUUUAACAAGAUACGACGGUUUUAAUUCUUCCCAGAUUUAACCAUUAAAUAACUUGUUCAAAAGUACAAAUAUUAAAAAAAAAUCAUACAGCCAAAUCAUAUUAAAUACCUACUUUCCUUUAUAAAAUAUACAAUACGUAACUUCACCUUGAACAUAAACUAGAGAGUCGUAAUCAUGGAAAUGUUGAAUGCUUUUGUUGUGCUACUAACGAAACAAACAUUGAAAACAAAUAUUGGUCUAGUGGCUUUUGAAUACAUACGUUUACCUUUCGAGAUCGUUUUUCAAAUGAAACAAUAUUUAUCAAUGUCGAUUUCAAUUUUUACGAAUAAUAUGUCGUCCUUGCAGUUUCACCAUAAUUAUCCUCUGCUCAAAGACCAGAAUUUUUAUUUUUCAUUAUUAUCAUCACAAUCACAUUUUAUAUUAUGUUGACAUUUUUAAGUUGAAAGAAACCGAUUGAUUAUGCAAUUUUUUAUUAUUCAUUUAAUUUCUCAUUCAAAAGUUAUUGAAAGAAUAAAAACUAAAUUAGAAGGAUUUUUAUAGCUCUUCUCUAGUCACCGCGAGACCGUAUAUCAUAUUUAGUUUGUAAAUGAAAAGACUGAAAUCAGAACAAUAAGUUCCAAAACUCGAAUUUUUCAGAAAAUCAGAAUUUCUGAAAAAGAGGUUGUUUCCUGUAUAAUGAAGAAAUCCAAAUUUAAUUUUUUUUUUGCAAUUUAGGCUAAAAAAAAAUUUAAACAAAAAUCAAAAUUACCACUAUAAGUUAAACGUUUUAGUCGUUAUUUGUAUUUUUUUUGUGCAUAUUAUGCUUUUUGACUCUACAAAACGUGAGAUUUUAAAAAUGGUUUAAAUGAAAUAUAUUUUCAUAAUAUGGAUCUUGUGAAUUUUGACAUGAUGGGUUCAGUAUUAAAACUCAAAUGAUCAGUAUCAAAAGUUAAAUAUCAAAAUUCACAUAACACAAAAGAACUUGUUAGUUUUGAUAUGUUGUUCUUGUGCGUGUUGAAACUAUUUGAUUACAUAAUUGAAUUAGUCUUCAGAAAUCCUAUAAAGCAGUCUUACUAACUCAUUUUCCCUUUUUUUUCGGAACUCGUGCGUUUCUAUUCAAGCCUCUAAACGUGUUAUUUUCGUUUUAGGCACGAACAACAUCACCAAAGUAGCGAGAAAUGUUCACGAAGGAUCAGUGUUCUCAAUCUGUGCCUUAAAGGAGGGCAGUAUUAUUACCGGGGGUGGUAAAGACGGUAAGCUGAUCCAGUUCGACACUUCGAUGCAUCCCACCGGAUACGAAGCACGAGUAAGAACCCGUAUACUAAAUCAAAAUAAUAUUUUCAUGUAGACAAUUAUUGUAAAAUGUUUUGGUUGUUACAUUGGAAAUAAAAAAGUUCAAAAAUAUUACACUGGACCAUAGGAAAGAACCAGAGGUUUAUAUAUUACUUAUCGGGCAGUGUUCUUAGGAAUUGUUUAAAUAAUUUGAAUACUUGUAUAUUUUUAUUCAAUCAUACAAAAUUGUAGUUAUUUUGCAUCUGAACCAUAAGCUAAUUUACUAAUAGGUAGUAUAUAUUAUUUUAUUAUACAUAACUGUAAACGAUAAAAACAAUUAUUUCAACCUCAGCUUGGCAUGACUCCUAGGGCAAAUGUUAAGUGAUAGGUAGUAAUUGAUAUUUUUUUCAAGUCUGCACUUAAAUAAUAACUAGGGAACCUAUAUAUUUUCUUAACAUUGUAGGUAGUUUAAAUAUAGGUAAUAUUUUAUUCAAUAAUUAUAAAUUGUUGUUUAAUUGUAUUACUUGUAUUCAAAAAAAAAAUAAAUAAAUUCUCUAAGAACAACUAAAAAUGUAAAAAUGACUGAUAAAUUCAAUUUAAUGUAACAAAAUUAAUAUUAUUUUAUCGAAUUAUAGGUAGCUGAACAUUUGGGCGGAAUUCGUACUGUAUCUGAAGGCCGAGGAUCACAAUUGCUUGUUGGCUCUACACGUAAUUGUAUCUUAAUUGGUUCAUUGUCAAUGGGCUUUAGCCCGGCCAUAUUAGGCCACACUGAUGAAUUGUGGGCGUUGUGUCCACAUCCAACAUUGGCCCAGUUUCUUACGGCAGGUUUCGAUCGUAUAGUUCAACUCUGGGACUCACUGUCUCAUUCAGUUGUCUGGAGCAAAGAUAUUUCUGUGAGUACCUGUCAUUAAUUUUAUUGUACAUAUUUGUAUUAAAUCAAUUUGUAUACAUUAAUUACUCUCUAUCUAUAUAGGAACAAGCACAAUCAGCAGCCUUCUCUAGUGAUGGUCGAAUAAUUAUUGUUGGUUGCGUGUCUGGCAAAUGGAUGGUAAUGAAUUCCGAAACUCGAGAAAUCUAUUCCACUCACAUUGACGGAAAUGAGCCGAUACAGGUAUGCAUGUAUAUUCGAAUAAUAGCAAAUAAGGAACAAUUAUAUUUUGUUAUGAGUUUAUGACUAUUGAUAUUGUUUUUGUUCCAUGUAGGUGGUGAAAUUCUCACCAGACGGUACGCUGCUUGCUUUGGGCUCCAGGGAUAAUUUCAUCUACAUAUAUCAAGUCACUGAUGGCGCUAGACAUUACACUCGCUUGGGUCGUUGCACUGUAAGUCAAUCAAUCUAAAAAUUUUUUACUGUUGCAGUGCAUCUGAAUCUAACAUUAUUAUUGUUAAUAAUAUUUAUACUUACUGUUAAUUUUGACAUAAUUAACUUUUGUUGGACUAAUUAAAAAUUUAGUGUUGGGAAGAUAAACGACGCAGAAGAAGUAGCACUGGUGCUAUUAUUGACAAGAUGUCGGUAGGUUUAGGUUGUCGCCUGUAGAGCUGAGUUGCAUGUAGACAAAAUAUUUUGUGUAGAGAUUAAAAUACCUAUGUACAGCAAAGGUAUUGCAAAAUAUUGUUGUAAUAGUGUGGUAAUUAAUCGCAUUUGUGUAUUUUUUUUUUUGUUUUGUUUUAAAUUUAAAAAAAAAUGCUUUAAAAUAUUUAUCAUAAUAAUCCAAAAUCAUUUAUAUUAUACUUCAUAACCUCUAGCAUUGCCAAUCGGAGUUAUUUACUAAUACAGUUUUUCUCAUAGGUAUUUUAUUGGUUUAUUUGUAUGUAAUUAUAAAUAAUAAUUUGAUUGACUGCUGACAAUAUAGGGUCAAGUUAUUAUUGCUUUUUAAUAAAUUAUUUGUUAUUCAUUAAAAUAUUAUUAGAACCAUUUGUUUCUGCUAACUUUUUAAAAAAUGGAAAUAAAAAUAUAUUAUAUGUGUUGGUACUUCAAUGUACAUAAUAGUAUAUUUUAUAGUUAUGACAAAUUCAAAUCAAAUUUAAUUUAUAAUAUUUGUAUUUAACCAGGGACAUUCAAGCUUUAUCACACAUAUUGAUUGGUCAAAAGAUAAUGAAUACUUACGCAGUAACUCUGGGGAUUACGAAUUGUUGUACUGUAAGUAAAAUUUAAAAAAAAAAUCUAACAAACUAUAAUUGCAAUUUUAUUUGGUUUUUUUUCUUUUUUAUAGGGAAAGUAAAAGUUUGCCGUCAAGUGCCUCAUAGCACUCAACUCAGAGACACUGUUUGGGCAUCCAAUUCGUGCGUUUUAACGUUUUCCACCAUCGGAAUAUGGCCCGAAGGUGCUGAUGGCACCGAUGUUAAUGCUUGUGAGCGGUCUAAUGGAUCCAAAGUAAUGGCCACAGGUGACGAUUUUGGAAAAGUGAAACUCUAUUCUUAUCCGGUCAAGCAACCAAAGGUAUAUAAAGCAUAAUAGUUAAUCAACAACAAUUUUUUUUCAGUUGAAUAAAGUAAUAAUUAUUUUUUAGUUCAAUGAUUUAUUAACUUUAUACUAAAAAACACAUUAUUUUAUUUUUCUUCAAUAAAGACUAGGUACUGGUAAUUUCUCAAUGUAGGAAGCCAAAAAAAAAAAAUCAUUCAAUUUACUUUUUUACAUUUGAAAAUAUACUAUACUUGGUCAAUAAAAUGUGAAGCUAUAAACUGUAUGCACCAUAAUUAAGUAACUCAUAAUAAUUAUACAUAAAUAAAAAAUUAAUUAAUAAAUGCGUCGCCUGGAGUAUUAUGAUAAGUGUAUUAUGCGACCAGUUUUGAAUUAAAAACAUCAUCAGGUAUAUCAAAGUCAAAAUGUAAAAAGCAACUGAAUAUAAAAAAAAUAAAAUAAAGGAAUACCUAGAAAAAAUAAUUGCUCGUUUUAUUUAAAAAUUAUUUUUCUUCAUUUCAUUGUAUAUAUGUAAUUCUUCUAAAACUGAAUCAAUGUAAAUGUUAUUUUCCGUAUUUAAUAUUUCUAAGUCUGCAUUAAUAUCAAAGUCUAUAUUAUGGUUAUUUUCUAAAACACGUUUAGCGCAAUUUGAAUUAAGGGCAGUCUUUUUAAAUUUUAUUUCAGAAAUGUGUUCUUUAUAACUUAUUUUAAGAUGUCUGUUUGUCUUAUCUAUAUACAAUUUAUUACAGUUACAUUUAAGUUUAUAUAUUAUACCGGCAUUUUCUAAAGAAGGAGGACUUUUGUGAAGUUAUUUUAGUUCUAUUGUAUGUAUUAUGUUUGAUUGAAUUAUUAUUAGUCCUAAAGCAAUUUUUACACUAUUUGUAUUAUUGUUCAGAAUUUUAGCAAAUUCGUUAGACAUAUUAUUUUGAUAUUUCAUACUACUUUAUAUACUUUAUACUACUUUAUUUUUGAUAUUUCAUAAUGUUAACAACAUUAUUUGGUGAGUUGUGUAUUAUUUUUUCUUUAUCAUGUUUAUGAAUUUUUUUAAUAGUAUUUAAAUUGAAAUUAUUUCUAUGGGCUAUAUUAUAGAUAAUAUUGAGCUGAUAAUUGUGUUUAUUUAAUGGAAUACAUUCAAAUGUAUAAACGUAUAGAAUAUUGAUUUAAAAAUGAUAUUUUUUAAGAAUAAGGGUGAUUAGAAUCAUGUGGUAUUAUAGUAUCAGUCUGUGUAUGUUUUCUGUAAAUACUAAAAUCAAAUUCAUUCUUUAUUAUGAAAACUGUAAGAUCUAAGAAAUUAAACUUAUUAUUUAUUUGUAUUUCAAGUGUAAAUUGAAUGUUUUUAUUUAUUUUGUUUAAGUAGUUAACUAAAUUGUCUGCUUGCCUAUUUUGAACCUCUAAAUAAAAUAAAAGUGUCAUCAACAUAUCUAUAAUAUGCUUUUAUAUAUAGACUGUAUAUAUUGUUGUUAAUAAUAUUAUUUGUUUCAUAAUUUCACAUGUAAAUUUCAGAUAAAAGAGCACUUAAAUAACUACCCAUAUCUAAACCUUCUUUUUGCGAAUAUAAUUUGUUAUUAUACUGGAAAUAGUUUUGAUUGAAUAAUUUUUUGUACUUCGUUUAUACUAUAUACCCAUUACUAUAUAAGUUUAUUUUUUAAAAAAUUGACUGUUUCGUGUUUAGGAAUGGAUGUGUAUAUAUUUUUGACUUCAAGAGAAAUCAUUUUGUAACUUGGCUCAAUAUUAAUUUUAUUAAUUUUAUCAAUAAAAUCAUAAGUGUUUUUUAUAGAAGUAUUCAUGUUUAAUUUUUCGUUUAUGAGAGUUUAAAUAUUUAGCAAGGUUAUAAGCUGGAGUAGUUUUGAAGUUAAUUAAUGGAUGAAUCAUAUUAUCUUGUUUAUGUAAUUUGAUAAAUAGAUGUAAGUGUGGAGCCUCUAUUUUGUAAUCAGAUUUUAAUAAUAUUUUCUUUUAGACUUUAGGUAUCAUUUCUUUCGAAUUUGUUAUCAGUUUAAUAAUUUGUUUAGUGUAAACUAUAGUUGGGUCAUAUGAUAAUUUUUGAAUAUUAUUAUUAUUUAUAUAAUCUGAAGUUUUUUUUAUGAAUUUCAUUAGUGUAAAUGAUAACAAUAGCAUUAGAUUUAUCUAUCGGAACUAUUUCUGAAUUAUUUUGUUUUAAUAUUUUAUCAGGCUUAUUUUCGUAGUUUUUAUUGAUUUUGAUUUAGACAUUUUGUAAGAUUUAUUACAGAUUCACAUUGUAUUAAUUGUUUUUUUUAAUUAAAAACGAGUAUUAACUAUUAACCAUUUUAAUAACUUUGUUUUUACUUUAUUAUUUCAUUAUUCAUAAUAAUUCAUGUCUUUUUCUUCAAAUCCCACAAAUAUAUUCAAAUAGUGCAGUUAUAUUAAAAAAAAUUACUUUUAAAAAUGCAAUAUAUUGAGAUGUAAUUUGUGUGAUUGAAUAAUUUACCAAAAUGUUUUGUUUUUAUUGUUUGUCCACAGUCACUUUGUCACGCAUAUGGAGGUCACAGCAGCCAUGUGACAAAUGUGACUUUCUUGCACGACGACUCCAGACUGAUAUCUAUUGGCGGCAAAGACACCAGCGUUUUACAAUGGGAAAUUAUAUAAGCGGGUGAUAGUUGAAAUCGCUGCGUAUUAUUUUUAUAAUAUUAUUGUCAUUAUCGUUCAAAAUUUAAUUCUUCACCAUUAUAUUAUAUGAUAUAUAAACAAAAAAUUAUUGGAUCCAUAAUUUAUUAUUAUUGUUUAGCAUAUUUUAAUAAUAUUCCCUGUAGGACAGACACCAAAGUCCAAAGUAAAUGUGUUGAGCUACUCGUGUUCUAUAUUAUUUUUAUUAUAAUACACAUAUUUAUAUGAUUAUCAAUCAUUUUUAAUGUAUGUUCACAGUACACAUAAUAUUAUAAUUACUAUUAUUACUAUUAUUAUUAUUAUUAUUAUUAUUAUUAUUAUUAUUAUUAUUAUUCGUAAAAUUAUACUUUAUUAUCACUCGUUUUUUUUUUUGUCGAAUCGUACUAAUUAUUAAAAU